AUGCUGUGCCUCUUACUGUGGGUCAGCCCCAUGCUCUGCCUCUUACUGUGGGUCAGCCCCAUGCUCUGCCUCUUACUGUGGGUCAGCCCCAUGCUCUGCCUCUUACUGUGGGUCAGCCCCAUGCUCUGCCUCUUACUGUGGGACACCCCCAUGCCCCUUACUGUGGGUCAGGCCCAUGCUCUGCCUCGGUGACAAGUGCCCAGCCCUCGUCAACCUCACGGCCAGAACUGACCACAAAGGUAUAUCUGGCGUCAGUGGCCAGCCACCGGAGCCCGGAGGGUGGGACUCACUCCAAAAGGGAAGGGAGCUGAUGGCCUUUGUCUUAUCUGUGGUACUCCAGCUCUGCCAGGCAUGUGACACAGCUGAGCGGCCUGAGGAGGAGAUACUGCCUACCACCGGAGGCCCAGCGCGGAUGCUGGCAGCCAAACCACAGUUGGUUCCCAUGACCUCACACCUCACCACCCUCCUACGCUCCUCUCUAUUGCCACUCUCUGGUCCUAACCUGGCCGGCAGCCACGACCUUGGGUUCAUUUGGAGCUCACUGCUUCCGGGGACUGAUCGGAUGCCUCCCAUUGUGUCAGUUUGGUCUGGCGGCGUUCUGUAGACAGUGCUUUAUGUGGUGUUAUAGGAGUGCGAGGAAUUAAGUCUUAGAAACAUGAUCUGGUGGCAAUCACUUGGACUACUAGCAAUCAUUCUUUACAUACUAAAUGUAUUAUAACUGUUUUACUCUGUAGUUUGAUCAUAAUGAUCAAUACUUUGUAUUUAUGUACCUUUUUUCUAAAUGUUAUUUUCUUUCUUUUUGGAGUGGCAGCCCACAGGUAAAUACAAUAUGAACUGAAUAUGAAUUUGUAUAUUGUACCUGUAACCCCCCCCAAAAAAAGAAUAAUUACAAAAUAAUACAAAUGUGGUUACAAAAAAAUUCUGAAAUAUUCCCAUCACAGUGCCUAUUAACUGGAGUACAAGGCAAACUUGACAGAUGUUAAGUCGUGUACAGUAGCGUCAACCACCAGUACUGUGUAGAGCUGUUCUGACUCUCCAGUAACAUACUGUAAUCUGAAGAAGUUAUGCAACCCGAUGUCAAAUCUGGUUACAAUUAAUCGAAUCCACUCGAGUUAAGAAAAUGUAAUCACCGGAACACGGUUUGACCGAAACACAACUGUUAACCCAUUGGUGCCUUGGGGCUCUGCCCCUGUUCACCUCAGCCAAUUAGAUGAGAGAAGGAGCUCAGUGAUUGGCUUGUUUGUCACCUGGCUGUAAAUCACAUUGAUGUUCCACCUUCUUCCUAGAGAGCUGUGUUUCUGUCAUCAGCCCUGCAGUUCAGUGAUACAGGGCUCUAAAAUAACAAGACUGUAAAUACAGGGAAAGAUGGCCUUUGGUUGCAGUAUUACGCCUACCGUGGUCUGACUGAGUUCGAUGAGUUCAUGUGUAAACUGUUUUCACAUAGGCUACAUACACAUGAAGGACAUAGCAUACAUACAGUCUUAGAAAAAAAGUUGCUAUCUAGACCCUAAAAGGAACCAACCCUUGUUGGUUCCAGGUAGAACCCUUUUGGGUUCCAUGUAGAACCCUUUCCACAGAAGGUUCUACAUGGAACCAAAAAGAGUUCUACCUGGAACCAAAAAGGGUUCUCCUAUGGGGACAGCCAAAUAACCCUUUUAGAACCCUUUUUUCUAAGGGUGUAGCUUUCAGCAGUUUUACGCUCAGCUUCCCUCAAUUUCUGACAAGGGACACUAUCAACCCUUAUCUCUCUAAUGCAGAGGUUUGGCACUACAAAGCUUUCCUUUGAAAGAGUGCUCGAUUCCUCCUCCAUUUUGUGUGCCUCAGAACACCUGGGAAAUGUCUGGAUCCUGAGGCUUUUGAAAUGUUUAGUGAAAUUAAAUGUAGUUCCUGGUGCAGACAAUGACCUUCAACCGGUUUGAAGGUAGUAUCUCAUUUGAUGGCAAGCUCAGUAAAGUUGGCUAUGUUCUGUUAAAAUUACUUAGUGUACAUCUGUCAGCCAGUGAUACAUUUGGUACAAGGCCUCAUUUCAGUUUGAAGAAGGGAUUUUUGGGAAUGGGCCAUUGCCGAUGAGUCUGCUAAAUGAUGACACUGUGUAUAAUUUCUCUCUCUCCCCCAUUUCCCUCUCUCUCUCCCUCUCCCUCGCCCUCUUUCUCUCUCUUCCUCUCGCUCUCUUCCACAGAUCGAGAGGACCAAUCAAUUCUUUGCACGUGAGUAACCUCUGAGCCAUGUCUGCUCAGCCCUUUUCUUCUCUCAGUCUGUGUUGUGUUGCAUGGGUUGCUGCAUUUACAGGAAAAUGUAUUCUCAGUUUGAUGCCUUGCAUCCAGCCUGCAUAGUAUCAUACCACACGUCACUAGUUUGGACCAGAUUUUUUAGAAAGGCCAUGCAGGACCAGCUUAAUUGCAUAACAUUCACGAUUCAGUUAUCUUAGUUAUGCACAUCUCCUCCUCACUUAGUAGUACCCGAAAAUGAAAUGGGAGAAUACCUGCUGCAUUGCAUUCCUGCAGAAGCUCUAUUCAACUAAGAAUAAAGUGUAGCCUAUUGAAGCUGACAUUAAUGUACUUAGCACUGAUAGUAGGUUGAAAGAGGAAUCAAUUGAAUUGAACUAGACCAGGGCCAGAGGCCUCUAUAGCUAUUUUAAAAGGAGCAACUCAGUGACACAGAACAGUGAGACAGACACUUACGGGAAAGAGACUUCGGCUUGGAGCAUGGAAUCUGGAAAAUGUCUGGUACACACACACACACACACACACACACACACACACACACAACCCCUACCCGCUGGCUGUAUUCCAGUCUAGCGCCCAAUAUCUACAGAUGACUGGAAUGCUGCAAAGACAAAUGUCAGCGUGGCAUCUCAUCGUAAGCCCCUGUGACAGGCCUACACCGAUGAUGUGCGAAAGAGUAUUCAUGGGAAAGUGUCUCCAAGAGUGUGUGUGUUCUCUCCCUGCCCUGGUUUGAACCCGAUCCACCAGCACUCAAAAAAUGUCCCUUGAGCCUCCAGGGCUACAAGCCACCAGUCAACAAAUAUUUUCAUAGCUUCACAUCAUACAUGACUAAGUCUGGGGGAUCAUGGAAGAAUUUGGAUGGAUGUCGGAAGUGUGGCUUGAACACUAUCAUAAAAUCUCACAUCUGUUAUGAUGCAUUUAUAUGCCAACUGUUUGUUUCUGUGACUGUGACACACACACUGUAGGAGACGGUGGUCAUAGCAAUGUAAACGCUGCACAGAGAUGCCAUGUGAUUAUAAGUCAGUCCCUGAGAAUAUCAACCGCCUCAGUGACAUUGACGCAAUCACUCACUCAUGGGCUGUGUCCAAAAUGGCAACCAAUUGCCUAUAUAGUGCACUACUUUUGACCAGAGCCCAUCAUUUCAGACACAGCCAUAAAUACCCUCUGCUCCCGGUGGUUAUUGAGCUCAACACUAACACACAACUCAUCAGCCAUACAGCAUAUUCAUAGUACUAUCUAGACCACCAUAUUACUUCACCACAUGGCCAGGUAAGGGGAAUCUGAAAGAAAAACAACAUGUGACUUUGUUAUAGUAAUUGGUUUUGCACUCAGUGAGGAUUCAGGGGCCUUGUCAUUUAUUUGAAAAUCACAAUGUCAUUUGUUUUAUUUUGCAGCCUAGCAUUGAGCUUGAGAUCGGGAAGAAAGUUCAAUGUUAACCACCAGCAAUUACGUAGAAUGAGUACCUAUUGGUAAACCACUGGUAUGCAUUGUGUGUUGAUGUUACUGUGCAGUAAGUGUCACUUGGGGAUAGGAUUCUGUCUGCAGCUUGCCGAGCUUGCAAAAACGCACUUCCUAGCUCUAAAGCUGUCAUCGCUGUGGGUCCGUGAGUCCCACCCUCAACCACAGCCGCUGAACUAAACUAGCUCACAGAAAAUAAACAGCACAUAUAAAUACACAAAAGCCCUGCUACACCGCCUCAUCCGAUAAACCACUCAACUGUGGUUUAUUUUCACUUAAUUUGUUGAUUAGCGGAGUUGCAGGGAGAAGAGCUUGGCUAGCUCUCUCACCCCCAGCUCAAGACUGUUUAUGGAGUUUCCCAAGUGCCAUAAUCUCCUCAGAAAAACAUCUGCCGGUCAGAAAGACAGUUCUGACACACACACACACACACACACACACACACACACACACACACACACACACACACGUCAUUCCUUCCCUUUACUAACCCAGGAAGCUGUCUUGUAUGUUUUCUCUCUUCUCAGAGGUGAAUCUGGUGCUGGCAAGACGGAAAACACUAAAAAGGUCAUCCAGUACCUUGCACAUGUCGCUUCCUCCCAUAAAGGAAAAAGAGACCACAGCCUUCCUGUAAGUGUAAGUUUCUCUCUUUUCUUUCUCUAUAUUCCCCCUCCCAUAUUUAUCUCCCUACCACACCUCUAGAUCUCCUCCUAAGCCCUGUUCUAAAGGCCAUACAUAUCAAUUGUGUCACAGUAACAGUAUGUCUUUCUAAUGAGGGAUAACUGAUGAAAGAGGAGAGUUAACAACUUGUAUGGCCCACAAUGUCCCCCUAAUACCAGGCCAGUCUGAUCCACAAUGCCCCUCUAAUACCAGGCCAGUCUGAUCCACAAUGCCCCCCUAAUACCAGUCCAGUCUGAUCCACAAUGUCCCCUAAUACCAGGCCAGUCUGAUCCACAAUGUCCCCCUAAUACCAGGCCAGUCUGAUCCACAAUGUCCCCCUAAUACCAGGCCAGUCUGAUCCACAAUGCCCCCCUAAUACCAGUCCAGUCUGAUCCACAAUGCACCUCUAAUACCAGGCCAGUCUGAUCCACAAUGCCCCCCUAAUACCAGUCCAGUCUGAUCCACAAUGCACCUCUAAUACCAGGCCAGUCUGAUCCACAAUGCCCCCCUAAUACCAGGCCAGUCUGAUCCACAAUGUCCCCCUAAUACAAGGUCAGUCUGAUCCACAAUGUCCCCCUAAUACCAGGCCAGUCUGAUCCACCAUGUCCCCCUAAUACCAGUCCAGUCUGAUCCACAAUGUCCCCCUAAUACCAGGACGGUUUGAUCCACAAUGUCCCCCUAAUACCAGGCCAGUCUGAUCCACAAUGUCCCCCUAAUACCAGGACAGUUUGAUCCACAAUGUCCCCCAAGUACCAGGCCAGUCUGAUCCACAAUGUCCCCCUAACACCAGGCCAGUCUGAUCCACAAUGUCCCUCUAAAACCAGGCCAGUCUGAUCCACUGGUAUUUACAGUACUUUGUUGAUUAACUCCAACCUUAGUUAAUUCAUAUCAGAUAGAUCCAUAUGAUAAUGGGGGGUAAUGAUUAGUGGACAACAGUGUCUGACAGUGGACAUGGGCUGUGUGAUGUCAUGAGGUCACCAAAGGGUCAGGUUCUUCUGUAGUUAUGCAGAUAUGAUGCUGGUACAUUACCAUGGCAGUCAAACAUACAAUGGCUUGCGAAAGUAUUCACCCCCCCUUGGCAUUUUCCCUAUGUUGUUGCCUUACAACCUGGAAUUAAAAUGGAUUUUUGGGGGGUUUGUAUCAUUUGAUUUACACAACAUGCCUACCCCUUUGAAGAUGCAAAAUAUAUUUUUGGGUGAAACAAACAAGAAAUAAGACAAAGAAUCAGAAGACUUGAACUUGCAUAACUAUUCAUAACUAUGUAGAGCCACCUUUUGCAGCAAUUACAGCUGCAAGUCUCUUGGGGUAUGUCUCUAUAAGCUUAGCACAUCUAGCCACUGGGAUUUUUUCCCAUUCUUCAAGGCAAAACUGCUCCAGCUCCUUCAAGUUGGAUGGGUUCCGCUGGUGUACAGCAAUCUUUAAGUCAUACCACAGAUUCUCAAUUGGAUUGAGGUCUGGGCUUUGACUAGGCCAUUCCAAGACAUUUAAAUGUUUCCCCUUAAACCACUCGAGUGUUGCUUUAGCAGUAUGCUUAGGGUCAUUGUCCUGCUGGAAGGUGAACCUCCGUCCCAGUCUCAAAUCUCUGGAAGACUGAAACAGGUUUCCCUCAAGAAUUUCCCUGUAUUUAGCGCCAUCCAUCAUUCCUUCAAUUCUGACCAGUUUCCUAGUCCCUGCCGAUGAAAAACAUCCCCACAGCAUGAUGCUGCCACCACCAUGCUUCGCUAUGGGGAUGGUGUUCUCGGGGUGAUGAGAGGUGUUGGGUUUGCGCCAGACAUAGCGUUUUCCUUGAUGGCCAAAAAGCUCAAAUUUAGUCUCAUCUGACCAGAGUACCUUCUUCCAUAUGUUUGGGGAGUCUCCCACAUGGCUUUUGGCAAACACCAAACGUGUUUGCUUAUUUUUUUCUUUAAGCAAUGGCUUUUUUCUGGCCACUAUUCCGUAAAGCCCAGCUCUGUGGAGUGUACGGCUUAAAGUGGUCCUAUGGACAGAUACUCCAAUCUCUGUGGUGGAGCUUUGCAGCUCCUUCUGAGUUAUCUUUGGUAUCUUUGUUGCCUCUCUGAUUAAUGCCCUCCUUGCCUGGUCCGUGAGUUUUGGUGGGCGGCCCUCUCUUGGCAGGUUUGUUGUGGUGCCAUAUUCUUUCCAUUGUUUAAUAAUGGAUUCAAUGGUGCUCCGUGGGAUGUUCAAAGUUUCUGAUAUUUUUUUUAUAACCCAACCCUGAUCUGUACUUCUCCACAACUUUGUCCCUGACCUGUUUGGAGAGGUCCUUGGUCUUCAUGGUGCCGCUUGCUUGGUGGUGCCCCUUGCUUAGUGGUGACACUUAGAUUGCACACAGGUGGACUUGAUUUAACUAAUUAUGUGACUUCUGAAGGUAAUUGUCACGAUCGUUUACGGACGAGACAGACCAAGGCGCAGCGUGAUAUGCGUUCAUGUUUAUUGACGACUAAACACACGACAAAACAACAAACGAAACGUGAAGUCCAAGGUAGCAUACACACAACAAUACCUUACAAUACCUUACACAGAUCCCACAACUAACAGGUGUCAAAAGGCUGCCUAAGUAUGGUCCCCAAUCAGAGACAACGAGCAACAGCUGCCUCUGAUUGGGAACCACACAGGCCAACAUAGGUGUAGACAUACUAGAAUCUAACAGACAAUCAACAUAGCCAAACACAACACAGAAAAUACACACCCUGACUCAACAAAUACAAGUCCCUUGAGUCAGGGCGUGACAGUACCCCCCCCAAAGGUGCGGACUCCGACCGCGCCACAUAAACCUAACAGGGUAGGGGCCGGGUGGGCAUUCCGCCUCGGAGGCGGAUCCGGCUCCGGGCGUGACCACCACUUACUCUCCACCUCCCUGUUGCGCCCCUGGUCUGGUCUGGACCUCGGCGCGCUGCUUCCCCUCUCCUUCCUCCCACGACGUACCAAGCCCUGUCUGGACCCUGGUGUGGGAGACCCCGAACCUGGAGAGGGGCUGACGUCUGGCUCCGGAGUGGAGCCGCUGACCGGAGCUGGAUCAGGCACCGGUGGAGCGGACUGCUCUUGCUCCGGAGUGGAGCGGCUGACCGGAGCUGGACUGGACCCCGGUGGAGCGGAUUUCUCUGGCUCCGGAGUGGAUCCGCUGACCGGAGUAGGACUGGACCCCGGUGGAGCGGAUUGCUCUGGCUCCGGAGUGGAGCAGCUGACCGGUGCCGGACCAGGCACCGGUGGAACAGGCACGGGCCGUGCUGGACUGGACACACGCACCACUGUCUUGGUGCGGGGAGCAGGAACGGGCCGGACCGGGCUGACGACGCGCACCACUGGCUUGGUGCGGGGAGCAGGAACGGGCCGUACCGGACUGGCGACGCGCACCACUGGCCUGGUGCGGGGAGCAGGAACAGGCCGGGCCGGACUGGCGACGCGCACCACUGGCUUGGUGCGAGGGGCAGGAACAGACCGGACCGGGCUGGCGACGCGCACCACUGGCUUGGUGCGAGGGGCAGGUACAGGCCGGACCGGGCUGGCGACGCGCACCACUGGUUUGGUGCGAGGGGCAGGAACAGGCCGGGCCGGGCUGGCAAUGUGCACCAUUGGUUUGGUUGCGAGGGGCCGGAACAGACCGGGCUGGCAACGCGCACCACUGGCUUGGUGCGAGGGACAGGAACAGGCCGGACCGGGCUGGCGACGCGCACCACUGGCUUAGUGCGGGGAGCAGGAACGAGCCGGACCGUACUGGGAACACACACCACUGGCUUAGUGCGGGGAGCAGGAACGGGUCGGGCCGGACUGGGAACACGCACCACUGUCUUAGUGCGGGGAUCAGGAACGGGCCGGACCGUACUGGGAACACACACCACUGGCCUUGUGCGGGAAGCAGGAAUGGGUCGGGCCGUACUGGGAACACGCACCACUGGCUUAGUACGGGGAUCAGGAACGGGCCGGACCGGACUGGCGACACGCACCACUUGCUUGGUGCGAGGAGCGGGGCUGGGUUCCCUUAUAAACCCCCGCUCCUUCUGCUGCCUAACCAGCUCCUCUCGCCGUGCCUCUACACUCUCCUUCUCCCUUAUUGCCUCCUGUAGCUCCUCCCUCUGACCAAAUAACUCCUGCUCCCUCUGGACCAAUAGCCCCCGUAACCUGGUGGCCUCCUCUCCUAACCUGCAGAUUCGCCCUGUCGCUGCCUCCUGCUGCCUCGUCGUCCACACCGUGUGCCCCCCCCCCCCCCCCAAUUUUUUUUUUAUUGGGGUUACCUCUCGGGUCUCCGUCGUCGGCACUGUUGGCGCCGUUUCUCCUCUCCUACCUGGGCAUCCUCAUUCAUCACCCUCCGGUAACGGACGGCCUCCUCCUCCGUGAUUCUCCCCAACCGAGGAGGACAUCUACUAACGAACCUCCUGUUUAUUCCGGCGUGCUCUGAACACGCUGCUUGGGUUCCCUAUUUUGGUGGGAUCUUCUGUCACGAUCGUUUACCGGACGAGACCGGACCAAGGCGCAAGCGUGAUAUCUUCAUGUUUAUGAGACUAAACCACGACCAAACAACAAACGAAACGUAGUCCAGGCUACCUUCACGGACAAAUCCCACAACUAACAGUGCAAAGUGCCUAGUAUGGUCCCAAUGCACACUGCCUCUGAUUGGGACCACACGGCAACAUAAUCUAGACAUCUAAAAUCUGACAGACAAUCAUAUCCACACACAGAAAAUAACACCCUGACUCACGUCCUUGAUGAGUUUUUGCAGAGGGGUUCAUAGAAGGGGUGAAUACAUAUGCAGCACACUUUCCGUUUUAUUUUUUAGAUUUUUGAAAAAAUUUUGUCAUUGACUUUCUGUGGGACCUAUCUUGUGUAUGUCAUUACUGAGUCCAGAGUCAAUUUAUUCCAUUGUAAGAAAAUGGAAAAGCCCAGUGGGAUGAUACAUUUUGCAAGUUUUAAGGCCCAAAGAAAAAUCCAUCAGGAUUGUGUCACUUGACCAUGUUGGAGUCCUGGCUUUAUGGGUGUUCUUGGCCUGGGCCCCUAGGGAGUUAUGACUUGGGGUUAAACAUGUAUAGAUAUACAAAUCAAUGUUUGUCAUACCCGUUACGGUUGAUAACAUGGUGAGCAUUCAGAGCUAUUAAUCACUUAUAAAUUAACCCAUUCAUAAAAGUCCUAUUUAGGGCUUUUUGCAUAACAUGGAAUGGUGAUAAAGCCAUAACCAGCCAACUUUCGAUGUUUGAGUUUUGAAAGUUGAAAACGCAUUUUUUCUUACUUGCAGUCAUGCAACUUUUGAUUUGCAUUUAUUGAAACAACAAAAGUCAAUCAAUUAACAGUUAAAACACAGCAAUUAAAACUUCGGAUGAAUACUUGCAAGGAUGAUGUGCUCAUAACUUUAUCAUGAGGGGCUGUGAUAGGUCAAAUACCAGUAAAGUUUUAUUGACGCACCGGGAAGUUUAUAAUGGUUAAUUAUUGAAUAGUACAAAUAAAUGUUUGUAACCCGUGAUAGGUCGAAUAACAGGCUUUAUAUAGCCAUUCAGACUUCGAACCACCCAGUUUAUAAUAAUUAUUAACCCAUUCAUAAAAUGUGCCAAUAUAUAGGAUUUUUUGAAUAUGCUGAAAUGUUUUAUAGAAGCCUUACACAACUCCAUCCCAUGAUGAUGUGUGAGCUGCCAAAGUGAACGCAUCCUCCUGUAGCUUGUGCAGGCGUGCACAACCCUCUAACAUAUUUGCAUUUGUUUAUUUGCAACAAACAGCCAGAGUCGCCUAAACCAGUAAAACUACAGGCAAGUCUUUACACUUUCUUAUUAACACCAUGUUCAUGUGCAUGUUGCUUCACUAACUUUCUAUUCUCAGAUGGACCUACUGUAAUGUAAAGCUAGUGGCAAUUUAAUAUAUUUCUUUGUGACAACAGCCUGUUUUGUGAAAUGGUGCCUUUGGUUAUUUUCUUGCACACUGUGAAGCAUGUAUGUGAAAUGUUGACAUCUGUGCAAAAAUUAGACAAACAAAUAUUGGGUAUUGACCCAGAUUCUCUUUCUAUCAGGCGGAAAAUAAUCAUAUUGUAAGUAAACUUUAAAUCUGGCAUGAAUAUUUAUGUGAAUGCAGCUUUUUCAUGUAUAUCUGUUGGCCAAUCCACUGUACUGUACUGUAAAAUGUGCUUGUAAAUGUUGUUAUUCCACACUAGAUUAAACAUAAUCAUAUGCAUGCCUUUGUAGUGUUUGGUCGCCACCAGUCAAGGCUUGGCAGGACUAUGUGGGCUAUUUUUGUACAGUACAAUGCAGAGUAGAAGUUGAGCAGUAAGACGUUGAAAAAGAGAUGAAGGCAUAUAUUCUGAAGAUGGAACUGACACACACACACACACACACACACACACACACACACACACACACACCUGUUAUUCUAUCCUCGUGGGGACCUAAAAUGUAUUUUCAUUAUAAAUCCUAUUUUCCCUAAACCUAACCUUAACCUCUAACGCCUAACCCUAAACCUAACCCCUAACCCCUAAUUCUAACCCUAACCCUAAUUCUUACCCUAAACCUAACCUCUAAGCUUAAAGUAGCCUUUGUCCUCAUGGGGAUGUGGGAAAUGUCCCCACAAGGGAGAAUGUUCCUUGUUUUACUAUCCUUGUGGGGACAUUUGGGCAUUUCAGUUCCCCACGAGGAUAGAAGAACCAAGACCACACCCACAGGGUCAAUUCAUGGACAUUACUGAAAAGCAGACUGUCUGGCUAUGGUUGUCAUUACAGUAGUUUGUUCACUAGUUUAAUAUUACUCAGGGCACUCACUAUUUGCUUUUCAAACAGCUGCUGUAGGUCUUGUUUAUACAGUUAAGAUAAUGCAAACGGCACAUGAGGGCAGAUGAGCGGUAUUCUGAAUAAAGAUGUGAUGCUUACUAUGGCACACUGCCCCAAGGCUAAUAUGAGAAACAUAUUGAACUGCACCCGUCAGUGAGAUAGCUUCUUGGAAUAGAGCCUUUCAGAAUAACAUAUCCAUUCCCCAUCCAUUCCCCUGCUUCCUGUUUUAGUGUACUACUGUAUAUUUCAUUUAGUGAUGAACUAGCUUCUUUACCCUGUUCAUUUAAACCAUUUGCCUUUAUGCAUUAUUUAGUCUAGUCCGAAUUGAGUACUACCUGUAAUUGUCUUAGAUGGUGUGUAUGUACUGUAUGUAUAUCCUGUAUGUGUGUUUAGUAUCCAUGACCAUUAACACUACCUGUUUAUUUCCAUGGUAACAUUUGACAAUCUGCCCAUUGACUACAGAGUGGAGCCCUGUUCUAUGUGAGUAGCAUGUAGCCCUUCCCUCACCUCUCUCUCACCCACCGCACUCCACUCACUAGACUAGCUCAAAACACAAUGGGCACAAUAUACUGUGAAGGGGCUGCUGUUGUCUCUGUGUACUAUACUGUAUAUCUGUCCCUUUUAUGGGUGUCAAUGGGGGCCCAAUAGCAGCUUCUGUUUCUAUCACCUUUGGGACACUAAACUAGUUUAGUUUUAAUCCACUCCAUGCACUGUAUGGCGUCCCUGUUCUUAACUAUAGUAGGCUCUGCUUCUUUCAAAUAUCUCAGAUUCGGGGAAAUAAACAUUACUUACUAGUUUAAUACAUACUAAUAAACACGUUUCCCACUUCCUAACUGACAUAUCCCAUUUAAACAAUAUGACCUCCAGUCAUAACAUUGAGCUCGUCACAAACUUCUCUCCCGCAUCCAAUUUGGCUCCCGGUGAGCCUGCUGGAGAGCUUUUCACUCGCGAGGUGCUGGUGUUGCCAAAUAGCAGGCUUUACUAAAUAGUCAGUUGGCUUCCAGCUAGCUGGAGCUGGAGUAGGACUCUGGAGGAGAGCAGCUAGGGAGGGAGAGCCAAGAGGACCACUGCCCAGAGCUCAGCUGGACGGACUCCCCCAGGGAGAGAGGGCCGUGACAUGGUCCAAGACCUACAACAUCCUCCCCUCUGCUUAGUCUACUCAGACCCAGCCACAGACCGCCCAGCAGGGACAAUAAUGGGGAUUUUAAUCUUCGUACUUUAUUGAAUUCACCAUGGGGUGUUGACUGUGGAUUUUGCCAUUCGUGUCAGCUCAGUGGCAGUGCUACUUAGAUCACUAAUGAAUCCCCUUAGAACUGCUUCUUCCUGUCUUUGCAAGCCUUUCAUCCUCUCCCUGCUUUGCCAUGAGGGAUGAGUUUACACAGAUAAAAAGUUAUUCUCACUUCCCCUGCAGGAGUUCCUGUUCCCCAAACCACAAACACAAGUCGCACUGUCCCAACAGUCACUGAAGUAGUAUUCUGCUUGUGGACUUGGAGCAACUCUUGACAUGACUUGUAAUGUCUGCCCAGCAGUGAUUCUGCUUGUGGACUUGGAGAGAUUUGUAAUGUCUGUCCAUUGACUCUAGUCUGUGGAGCAGAUGUGAGCACACAUCCCCAACUGGCCUCUUUCUUGAAGAUGUAAUGGGACAGUUUUUACUGUUCCUCUGGCUCUCCAGUCUCCACAAUCUGGGCCAAAGCACUGCCAAAGGCCCUAACACUGAUAACAAGUGAGGUUGAACACUCUACAAAGGAUGUUUCCUAAGUUCCAGAGGAAAGAUUGAGAAUAGAGAGGAGUUAUUUCACAAAAUAUACAUUAAUUUCAUAGUCGUGUCAAUGUUAACGUGAUAUUUAGUGGUACACGAUAGCAUUGUCCACAGUCACACUAACAACAACAACUAAUAUUUCAAUAACUAUAUGUCCCUGAGUUCUUCCAGGCCUCAUACAGUAGUUGUCACUGUAGUGAUUAGCUUCUUAACGUGGCUAUGAUGGUUUCCAGACACUGUCAGUCAGAAUAAGUGUAACGCAUUCCAUCCACAGUAAUUUUAUGGUCUUCUUGCUCACAUAAACCUGAUUAUGUGGUACAAUACAUGUUCCGGAGGUCUUCCAGGCCUGUCAGUUGUUGGCACGGCUAGUGAUUAGCCUCCUUACAUGGCAAUGAUGGUUUCUGGAAUCUGUCAGAACAAGAGUAACACACUCUGGAACGCUGGAAUCUGGGUCAGCUUCUAAUGCUCCUAAAGUGGACCCCUGCUGGUGUUUUGUAAUCACCCCUUUGUUCCUACCCUCUCCCCAGUCUGGUCCCAGUCUGUAGACUGAGCUUUGGCAGAGAUUGGCAGCUUGUGGACAUUAAACAGUCUCCAUUAUGUCCUCUGUUUUCUAAAGUUUGUGGUGUUUUCAAGUUGUCAUAGAGACAGCGUGUGACAAUGACUAUAGGAAAUGUUAAGACCGCACUAACAGAUCUGGGACCAUGCUAUAAUUUACCCUCUGUGCAAUCUGCCACUGGCAGGACGAGGAUGGAACGGGCUUAUUCAAUUCAUUCCUGCCUCAUUUUCAGCAGCACGAAAGCUCAAUUAAAACAGCAGUCGGCUUUCUGGCCCAGCUCUGGCAGCCAAAGAUCACAUUACGCGUCUCACUUCUGAACGCAAUGCUGAUUUCCUAACCCCUAACUCAUCCGACAGACAUCCCUGGAAAAACGCCUCAGUCUUGAGCGAUCAAAAUGUGUCUGGUGAGCUUGACGUAAUGGGAAAAUCCCAUUCCCACCUAGCCGCAGAAAACAAAAACUCAAAGUACGGGCCAUGUUAUUUUUUGGUGGGCCAUCUUGGAUUCCCCGGUCAUGACCAAGCCUAGAAUGAGGUCUGGAUUGGAUCGUAAUGAGCCACCUAUCUAAACAUCUCAGGGUCAUGUCCAUUAGGGUACACUGUAGCAACGGAAGAAGAAAACUAGUGUUUCUUAUUGGACAAGUUCGGAUACCACCUUUACAUUUACAUGGAGCAUUUCGUUCUAUUUCAUACCAAUUGAACAUUCUAUUCAGCCCUGACAGUCAGCCAGAUAGGGUCUACGAUAGGUGUGAGAAGUGAACAGAGCACCGCUCCCUCCCUCCCUUAACGGGAUCUCUAAUGAUGACUGAUUCUUCCUUAUAGGAUUGAGUGUGUCUCUGGCCAAUAGGACAUAUUGUGUCUCUGGCUUGUGUCAGUGUGUUAAACAGGUCUGUUUCCCCAGUAUCUGUCAGUGUGCUAAACGGUUGAGUCCAUUUCCUCAGGAUCUCUAUCUCAAUCACUAACUGGAGAGCUAUGGCCUUCCUCUCUGAGUCGCCUCAUUAGCCCCAACUCAUCCAGCACCCAUCCAUCCGCCUGGCUCACAGCAGCUAGCGCUCCACAGGUCCUGAACCACCAUGCUGAAACACAGCUGUGUACUGUGGAAUAUAUGAGGCAUCUGUGGAUUUGAAGCAUCUGUGGAUAGAUUUAUUGGUUUGUCUGUUGCACAAGUAUACUGGUACUUUUUAUGAUUGUACUGUGUACUUCAACAGUGUAAACAGGGAUUGAUUUGAUUAGGUUAUUUUGGAGGCUUGAUGGUUAGACUAUGGCUUCAAUCAUCAAGAUGGUGCCGACAGACAUGGCAGCUCUGCUUCUAGCUCCUAAGCAACUUUGCAGUAUUUAUUUUUCUUGACAAGCAUUUCGCUACACCCGCAAUAACAUCUGCUAAAUAUGUGUAUGCGACCAAUAACAUUUGAUUUGAUGUCUUUGAUGUUGGUCUCACAAUAGAAAAAGGAAAUGCAAACCCAGAGUCCAGAUGGGUUUGAACAUUCACUUGUGAAUGUGUUGAGCUUCAACUGAACCAUAUGCAGUGUGGAGAGAGUCAUUGCAGUUUUGUUCUGUUCUGUUCCACCACUGAGCAAACAAGGUUCUAAUCCAUUCCAUUCCAAACCCAGAGGGUCUAUACUGAGUGACCAGACAACAGGAAACACAUGUCAUUAACGCACAGAACAGGCCCAAUUUAUUCAGAGAAAUGAGAUUCUCUCUCUCUUCUCUCUCUCUCUCUCUCCCUAUCCCCCCAUCUCUUUAGUUUUAGUUGUACGUACUGUUGUAGGAUAUUGAGCAGAGAGACUGUAAAGUGGUUUCCUGAACAUGCUCCAUUGAUCACAUCUGUCUUUUACAGCGUUACAAUACCUGUCGUUUCACUCUCUUUUCUACUAGUUUUUAUGGUCAUAAACAUUACUGGGGAAACAGUGUCCGUCCACCGACAUAUGUUUCAUGAUCUUUAGUCUGUGUGACACUAUCUGAUUGUUAGAUUGACAUUGACAAACUUUAGAAGGGUGAUCAGUCAUUGUGUGUAUUGGAAAAAAUGUUUCUCCUGUGUCUACAUUUUUUAGUGUUUGUUAUUUGUAAAAAGUUGAGUUGGGGAAAGGGGGUAUAUUUGGUUUGGACCCAGUGCUUUGCUGUAAUAUCUCUCUUAUUUUUCAGGGUGAAUUGGAACGUCAACUCUUACAAGCCAACCCCAUCCUUGAGUCCUUCGGCAACGCCAAGACAGUGAAGAAUGACAACUCGUCACGAUUCGUAAGUAAAGAAUGUAUACAUAUUUCCCCAAAAUAAUGCCAUUCUCAGACAGUAUCGAGCUUAAUUUGAAGUCUUCCCUAUGUUUAUAAUGUAUGUUCCUCUGUGGCUUACUAAAAGCCACUAAUGCCAUCUCACUCACUAUCUCUUGGUCAAACAACUGGCACUUGAAACAGAUUUAGCUGGCAUGUUUGUUUGUUGGAGACUGCCAAAAAUUCCUGGAAACUUUUGAUGAUAAGGAAGAGAAAUCAAUGGAGAGGAAUUUAUUGGAUUAUCCUCCUAUUAUUACGUGAGGAGCAUUCCAGCAGGACACAACAUUUCUGCUAAUCAUUAUUGCCUGCUUUGAUUCUGGAUCCAGUUUAGAUUAGAGAGGGUUAUUUUGUUCAGCACAGUCAGAUCACAGCCUCAUGCACAUGGGUAGUCUACUCCAGACCCCAGAACAGUAGAGACCAAGAGGAAUGUAGUCUACUCCAGACCCCAGAACAGUAGAGACCAAGAGGAAUGUAGUCUACUCCAGACCCCAGAACAGUAGAGACCAAGAGGAAUGUAGUCUACUCCAGACCCCAGAACAGUAGAGACCAAGAGGAAUGUAGUCUACUCCAGACCCCAGAACAGUAGAGACCAAGAGGAAUGUAGUCUACUCCAGACCCCAGAACAGUAGAGACCAAGAGGAAUGUAGUCUACUCCAGACCCCAGAACAGUAGAGACCAAGAGGAAUGUAGUCUACUCCAGACCCCAGAACAGUAGAGACCAAGAGGAAUGUAGUCUACUCCAGACCCCAGAACAGUAGAGACCAAGAGGAAUGUGGCCAAAUGAGUAUAAAAUACGAUGGCCUGGACUGGUCCCAGAUCUGUGUAUGUGCUUUAGCCAACUCAUAUGACUAUUGUAUCACAACAAUAGUAGUUGACGAAAGCACUUACAGUUCUGGGACCAGACUAAUCAAAUGUAGCCUUAUUGUGAUGUAGCCUUACUGCUCUUUAAUUAUUUGUUACUUUUAUUUCGUAUUAUUUUAUAUUGUAUUUUUGUGUGAUUUUUUUUGGUAUUCUUUCUUAAAACUGCAUUGUUGGUUAAAGGCUUGUAAGUAAGCAUUUCACUGUAAGGUCUACACCUGUUGUAUUCGGCGCAUGUGACAAAUGAAAUUUGAUUUGAUUUGAUGUGACUCAGAGGAAGACAAAGGCACGCCUUGCAGCACAGUGUGAGACCUGGUUGAGGCAGAUGUGGAUGCAGUGAUAUGGUUUGUCUGCUUUUCUCACCCCCCAUUUCUCUCUCCCUGCAGGGAAAGUUCAUCCGGAUCAACUUUGAUGUCACCGGAUACAUCGUUGGGGCCAACAUUGAAACUUGUAUCCUUCCAUACAGCUAGCUUAAAUUUUCCAUGCAAGCUUUGAUAUGAAUCAUUUACAAAACUGACAGAUCUUUAUGGGGAUUUUUUUAUUAUGCUAAUUAGAUUUCCACGGGGCCACGUAAAUUGACUCUAAGGGGGUUAAUAUUUUAUUUUACUGUAUAAAGGCUGCACUUCCUUGACUGUGAUGGGACAGAUCUACUGGAGAAAUCCAGAGCUAUUCGCCAAGCCAAAGACGAGCGCACCUUCCACAUCUUCUACCAGCUGCUGUGUGGGGCAGGAGAACAUCUCAAGUGUAAGGACAUCAGUCUGAUAUGUACCAUCAGCAUAACUUCAAUGACCCGGACCCAUAUGGCCUCUGUAAAGAAUAGGCCAUCCUCUGAAAUGCAGAACAUUGUUUCUCUAGCCGUUGGCCUGAAGUGUCUUGAAACCCACUCAGACUCAGUGUUGUUCACUACCUAGUAUCACAAUAACAUCACCUGUCAGUGGGCCGACUAUCAAAAAUGCAUGUUUGCUUUUUGUCCUUUGUGACCUUGAACCACCUAUCUCAACGUCAUUUCCCUUUCCUCUGUUUAGCGGACCUGCUCCUGGAGGGCUUCAACAGCUACCGCUUCCUGUCCAACGGCAACAUUACCGUCCCUGGUCAGCAGGACAAAGAUAACUUCCAGGAGACCAUGGAGGCCAUGAACAUCAUGAGCUUCUCCCACGACGAGAUCCUGGGUACUACGAUCUUCACUCUCAUCUGUCUGACUAUCUGUCUGUCAACUGUUAUUUUUAAAGCCCUUUUUACAUCAACACUUGUCAGAAAGGGCUUUACAGUCAUUAUUAUAACUAUACAUGCUCAUAACAGUUCCAUGUAUUCCAACAAACACAGAGUAGUGUGUGGUGUUCAUGGUAAGUUUAUGAUAAUAUUUCUCUCAUCUCUCUGUGCUUGCAGCCAUGCUGAAGGUGGUCUCCUCCGUGCUUCAGUUUGGGAACAUCAUCUUCAAGAAGGAGAGGAACUCAGACCAGGCCUCUAUGCCUGAGAACACAGGUAGCUGACAUUGACCAGCUGUGCCCUCGGCACACACACGUACAGCCACACACCCAUUACACCUGUCAGUUGUCACAUAUAUUGAUGUCAAGGAAGCUCCUCACAUUUUCAAGUUCAGACCUUAUCUUCCCCUUCCUCAUUUUCCUCCCAGACUUGUGCUAACCACCCUGAGUCAGAUGUCAGAGCUCUAACAAUUUAACCUUCCCAUCUCUCCUGGCCCUGUCACCCACCUUCAAACAACAUCAUUAUUCAUAUUUACUACCCUACUUUACUUCUAAGAAAAAAACCAAAUAAAACAUUGCCUACUCAACCGCAUAUGUUACUGCUGCAUUUCUGGUAUUUAAAGAGGAGAGGGUAACAAGUGAGUGCCAAUGACGUGGCUCAGCCAGUUAUUACCAAAUGUGGAAAACAGAUCUAGGACAGAAGCAGAUGUUUUUAGCAGGCUCUGCGCUGGAAAUGAUACAGAUUUAUCAUUCUUACUUCUCCAGAAGCUCCCGCCGUGACAAAUAUUUAAAAUUCAAACAUCUCCCCAGUUCCAAAAGACAAAUAUCAUAAAAGCCGUUUUGACACAUCUUAAAUCAAGUCUGUGUUUUUAACCCACAGGUGUUCUAAACAGCUGUGCGUUUAACUACCCCCUACCCUGAGCUCUAGUCCAAACCUGGGUUCAAAUACUAUUUAAGUUAUUUCAAAUACUUAAGCUGUGGUUGGUUGAGCUUGCCUUUUGCAAUGGAACCAAUAGAAAAGUCCCAAAAUUGCGAACCCCAUUCACCUGGCACUCCAGACAGACUAGAGCAAAUGCUCAAAGUACUUGAAAUAUUUCAAAUAGUAUUUGGAUCCAGGUCUGCUCCAGGCAUACCUUAGAGGUACUGGACUGGCAGGGGUAGGCAGUCACUCAGUUCAGUUCUUACUUAUUAUUCUUUACCAUUAACGGUCAAAUGUGAGCAACUUCUGGCAGAAGGGGGAGAAUGUAAUUCAUAGCUACUGACCAUGUAGAGAUGUGGCCUGCUGCCAGUGGUAUGUCUUUUCUGGUGGUCUCAAGCGGUGGUCCCACAUAUGGAAAGUCUUUAUGGCUUUUACUGUGUGUUUUCCAACUCAAUGGCGUUUAUGGGAAUUGGAGGAUUAUAGGGUUAUCCGUCGGGUCUAUAAAUAUAUAUAUAUAUAAUCAUAUCCUAAUAACGUUUAACUCCUCAAAUGUUGCUACUUCUUUCCCUGCUACUGCUUUGAGUCUAUGUAAGGGAUAUUUGAGUAUUGUAAAGUUAUUUGUGUUGACUGUAAUCACAUCUUGAGCACUAACGUUUAAUGUUACUACUGUUUUCCCUUUUUUCACCCCCUCCUUUAUCUUCCUCCUCCUCCUCCUCUCCUCUACCAGCGGCCCAGAAGUUGUGCCACCUGUUGGGGCUGAACGUGAUGGAGUUCACCCGGGCCAUCCUUUCUCCGAGGAUCAAGGUGGGACGAGACUACGUCCAGAAGGCCCAGACCAAAGAACAGGUAAAACACACACACUAUAACAGAAGCUCUCCUUGCUUCACUCAUCACCCCUCUAUGGACUCACUGUACUGCUGACUUUGGAUCAGGAUAAUGUUAGUACUGUGGGGUGUGGUUCCUGUCCACCUCUGUGUUAGAUUUACAACAAUAGAGAUGUCUAGCCCUGAGACCCCAAGGCUGAGAAUGGCAGACUCACUUGCCAAGUCAUACCAGAGAAAGACAAUCUAAUAAGGAAUGCAUAUUUCUCUGUCUCUCUCUCUCCACCUCUCCCACACCCCUCUCUCUCUCUCUCUCUCUCUCUCUCGCUCCACCUCUCCCCCACCCCUCUCUCCACCUCUCUUUCUCUCUCUCUCUAGGCUGACUUUGCAGUAGAGGCUCUGGCCAAGGCCACAUACGAGCGUCUGUUUCGCUGGCUGGUCCACCGCAUCAACAAGGCCCUGGACCGCACCAAACGCCAGGGGGCCUCCUUCAUCGGCAUCCUGGACAUCGCUGGCUUUGAGAUCUUCCAGGUACUUAAAUGCGUAGGCCUCCACAGGUACUUAAAUACAUGGCAAAUAAGACCUCCACAAGGUCCCUCUAUCUCUUCCAGAUACAGAGAAAACAGCUAGAGAAGAGAGAGGGGACUUGGUUUGGCUUAGUUCAUCCUGUCUAUGGAAUUGGUCAUCUGAAUGGUCUAAGGACGCUUUUCGUGGGAAAAUGAUCUGAUAUACAUUUUUGGGGAACAGCUGAUAAUUUAUCCUGUGGACCAAUUGCACUUUGAACCCAUUCCCUCCUCAGGGGCAGUUAUGGGAAUCUCAGCACUUCUAAAAAUGCCUAUUGGGUGUUGUCCUCAUUUAGUUUUAUAUCAUUCACAGCAAGGUCAUUAAUUGAUCUAUGACUUGAUAGACGAUAGUUAUCAUGCGAUGCUAGUUCAACAACAGGCGAGUUCAGACGGUUCAGACAUUGUUAACAUGAACCUUGUCGUCGAUAGAACACUCGAUAGCCCAAGAUCACUAAAUCUUGUGUUGAAAUCUCCAACCCAAACUCUCUGUUUCCCUUCUGAUUUGUGACAGCUGUUUAUUUCCCCACUAAGAGCCUUGGCUGCAGCGUUGUAAUGUUGAGCCAAAAGAACCGGAAAAUAAAUCACGAUCCCUGGGAUCAUUUAUAAUCAUAACAAACAAAAAUCAAACAGCUGCAGUUAUUGUUUUGGCUUAUUUGUUAAAAAGACAAAACCCUCAUAGUUCAAAUGAAGACUGAAAAAAGCAGUAGGUUACCGGUGCCAGUUUGAGCUGAAGGCAUCUCAGCAACUUGGCUAUAGAGAAGUGGUAUUCAUUGGUGUUUCAUAAAUUAAAUAAUGUAGUCUUGUUGAUUUUACAUAUCUGAAACUCCGUACAAAUCAAUUUCCCCCUAGGGAUGAAUGAAGAAAUUAUCCAUCUUACUGCUUUCUUCACUUUUGAGACAAAGUUCCUUGAGUUUCUGAGUUCUGAAAAUAUCAAAUCAAUUUGUAUGCCUUUCUCCUGUAGCUGAAUUCGUUUGAGCAGCUGUGCAUCAACUACACCAAUGAGAAGCUGCAGCAGCUGUUCAACCACACCAUGUUCGUCCUGGAGCAGGAGGAGUACCAGAGGGAGGGCAUCGAGUGGAGCUUCAUCGACUUCGGCCUGGACCUGCAGCCCUGCAUCGACCUCAUCGAGAGGCCGGUCAGUAUCCGUUUAGUGAGUGUGUGUGUGUGUCCUCCUGUGGUGUUGUUCUGUUGUCAAUACUUGGGUCAUGUUCAAUGAUCAGCUAACGUUUUGAAACAGAGUGAAUCGGUGAGAAACAAAGUUAACUAAAACAAUUAGUUUUCCGUUGAUUAACUUCUUCCUGUGUCCUAUUGAACACGGCCCUGUUGUGUACUGUCAUCCUGCAGGCAAACCCUCCUGGUGUGCUGGCUCUGUUGGAUGAAGAGUGCUGGUUCCCCAAGGCCACAGACAAGACGUUCAUAGACAAGCUGGUCCAGGAGCAGGGCACCCACCCCAAGUUCCAGAAGCCCAGACAGCUAAAGGACAAGGCUGACUUCUGCAUCAUCCACUACGCUGGCAAGGUACGGACCGGUGAGAUUACAUAUAGGUGGUGGAGGAUAGUUAAAAGGAUAGUUUUCUGGGUUUUAACCCAAAGAUUGGUGUAAAAUCCAGAAAACUAUCCCUUUAACCACUUAUGGCUCUGCCAUAUUCCUUGAGUCAAAGAUUAAACAUGUACAAUGCACUGGGAUGUAUUAUAGACAGGUUUCGGGCUAUUUUUAUGCAAUUUUUCAUGUUUUCCCCGCUCGUAUUGUAUGCACUUACAAGUUAUUUUGGAUUACGUCAUCUGCAGUUCUUGUAGACCCCAGAGCCCUUCCCCUGUAGUGUUCUUGGAGGCACACCAGGUCCUUUUGGAAAGCCACCGUUAUAAUGUGUCCUGAGGCGUUGUCUGUUCCAUCACUAGCCCCUAUUCUGUUCCUAUCAACCUCUGACUGCUGGAUCACUCUGCCGUCAGCACUCACACUUAGAGGAUGAUGCACUACUUCUCCUCUGUGGUAUUCCAAUUCUGCAGGAGUAUCAGAUCCUGGUUUUAUGUAUCAGAUAUGUGGGAGGAGGUUUGGGUAGUAUCUCUAGCGUCCAGUCAGUGUUGCGCAAUAGAGACCCUACCCUUUCCAGUACAGGCAGUCCUGCUGUACAACGUAACCGCAUCUGUUCAAUAUUAUGUAGACGUUGUCUUUAAACAACACACUUUUCUGGAAUGAUUUGGAGUCGUAUGUCACCCCUAGUGAAUCCAUGAAUCAAUGAGAAUAUAAAACUAAGUCUAUGUCAAAAUGUGUUUAGUCAAUAUCAGUCUGAACUCAUUAAACUCUCACCCUCGCUUUCUAACAUGAAUUUGGAACCUCAACAGUCAUUUUGUUGUAUAUCACCACUCUCCAACAGUUCAAUUCAAUAAACUUUAUUCAUCCCUGAAGGGCAAUUAUUGCUAAUAUCUCUCUAGGCCUGGAUGGUUCUGACCUUCUCUCCUCUUCUCAGGUGGACUACAAGGCAGAUGAGUGGCUGAUGAAGAACAUGGACCCCCUGAAUGACAACGUGGCCUCGCUGCUCAACCAGUCCACUGACAAGUUUGUGGCCGAGCUCUGGAAAGAUGGUAAGUUAAGUCCCCGGCCCCUAUCCUGUCCAGAUGGUUAACAGAGAAGGAAUGUGUUAGCACUGGCUUGAUGAUUAACGGUUAUUAUUAGUUAGAUUGGUUAAUUCAUCAUCAUUUAGGCAUAUUUGUUUUAGGGAUUGUCAAUGUACAAUGUUUGCUACUUAUUUAGCUAACAUGGUGCUAAUAAUAAUCAAUCGGACUUCAGCCUACUAACCUCUGUUUUCUGUUUUCGCCUUUUUCUGUUUUUAUUUUCUCUUCUGUCAGGUGUUUUUAUCCCCCUGUCUCUCUGUAUCGUAGAGAUACAGAACAAUGUCACUAGUCUUGAUGAGCCUCCAGGUGAAUGUUAUGAAUGUAGCUGUAGAAGGUUCCAUGCUUACCAGCGCAGCAUGGUGUUGUCCAUAGAGAUAGAUUAAGUUGUAUGUUAUGACAUGCUGAUGUAGGUCCAUGGCUUAGCAGUGCAGCAUGGUGUAGCCUACCUCCAUAUAGAGGCUCCCGUUGCUUCUAGGCUGCAUGUCAUUGUUGGUCGUCGCCUAUGUCUCAGUACUAGUAUAGUAGUCAUUAGGCCAAUGGACGGCAAUACCUUUCAGCAAUGCUCUUCUCCUGCUAGCGUAAGAUAGUGCCUACUGAGACUAAAUUGGUCUGAAAGCCCAUAUUGUUGUUUUUCAAUUCUAAUUAUUUUAUGAUUACACCAUGAAGAAAAUACAAUUUCUACUCCGAAAUGUGUGUCAUGACCGUUCUUGAUUCUAGUGGGAUAUUGACUCUGACGUUGUAUUAAGUUCCACCCUUUUGACAGAUGGAAAUGGUCAGAACGAACCAGCAGUGUUCAUAACCCUCUCUAUCAGUUCCGUAUGGUCAAUUCCAUUUAAUCCUUUUUUAAGAUCGGUGUCGUUCAACAAGGAAAAUGUUAUCAGAGGUUGCCUGGUCGCUGGUAGAAAGACACUCUGCUCUCUGGAACAACAAGGGACUUGUGUUCUCACAGCUAUGCCUUAAGGCCCACACAGACUGUGUGAUUUUAGCCGUCUUAUGCCACGGUUUUGCCGUCGCAGACAAAAUGUCCACGUCGUGGGCAUAUUCUUAGGUCGUAAACAAUUGUCGGACGUCUUGGCUCGUUUAGUGUGACAGGGUCUAGGUCUGACGAUGAAGUACCACUACAUGCGGUCGUAGGCUCUGACAAAGUUCUGGCAGUGUCAGAAUUGUUUUGCCUUUAUCGUGCAGCGUGGCUGGUGUUACGAGCCGAUUCCAGUAACUGACCAAUAGGAACACGGCCGGCACUGAGUAUGCACACAAUAAUACGAUUAUUCUGAAUAGUCAGAUUAAUAUAAUAGUUUGAUUUAAACGUUUACAUGCUUUGCAAGAAGAACGAUUUCCCUAAUAAUUGUGGUUACAUAACACAUCUGGAAUCAGGCUACCUGAUGGGAUUUUGAUAAAUGCACAAAAUCUCCAAUCAAAAUAAACGUUCUACUACAGCGACCAUGUUAUUUUUGGGAGGCAUAAUUCAUUCUGAGUUCGUACAUACACUACCGGUCAAAAUAUUUAGAACACCCACUCAUUCAAGGGUUAAAUGUGCCUUGAAUUCUAAAUAAAUCACAGACAGUGUCACCAGCAAAGCACCCCCACACCAUAACACUUCCUCCUCCAUGCUUUACGGUGGGAAAUACACAUGCGGAGAUCAUCCGUACACCCACACCGCGUCUCACAAAGACACGGCGGUUGAAACCAAAAAUCUCCAAUUUGGACUCCAGACCAAAGGACAAAUUUCCACCGGUCUAAUGUCCAUUGCUCGUGUUUCUUGGCCCAAGCAAGUCUCUUCUUCUUAUUGGUGUCCUUUAGUAGUGGUUUCUUUGCAGCAAUUCGACCAUGAAGGCCUGAUUCACACAGUCUCCUCUGAACAGUUGAUGUUGAGAUGUGUCUGUUACUUGAACUCUGUGAAGCAUUUAUUUAACUUUCAAAGUUCUUGAGAUUUUUCGUAUUUGUUUAACACUUUUUCGUUUACUACAUGAUUCCAUAUGUGUUAUUUCAUAGUUUUGAUAUCUUCACUAUUAUUCUACAAUGUAGAAAAUAGUAAAAAUAAAGAAAAACCCUUGAAUGAGUAGGUGUUCUAAAACUUUUAACCGGUAGUGUAUGAAGUUCGUAUGUGAAAACUAUUUAUAAGAGGCAUACUUUCAGUUUUUCAGAACUCACUUCACUCACACAUAAGCAUAGAGGGAGGCUUGUUCUGCUGGUGCUGGCACAUGUGCAUCUCAAAUACACCGCUGCGGUUGACGUAGCCUACGUCGGCUGACAAAGCCUUGCAUGCCAAUCGCAGAAUGUGACAACUGAACUGAAGCAUCUGGCCAGGUGGAUAUCAACAUUUUAAUUUGGUAACAACGCACAGUGUGGCAUGUAACAACCGUAAAAGACUGAAUCCGACGUACAGUGUGGGAAGGCCUUUAGCCAACUCAGGCUAACUAAAGGAAAAGCUUCUGAAGUCACUGAUUUCAAGAGAGGCAGAAGAAAUGGUCUUGUAAACCUUGUGGUAUGGUGGAAAGGUUAAGAGCACUGGGUAUUCAGUAUUCUGAACCAAAGCCAAUGCUCCUUUCUGGAAUCUGUAUUUUUCUUAAGGGUUUUAAUCCCAUUCAAGGGCAUAUAUUUAAGCGUAAAGGGAAUUAAAGAAUUGAGGCUUGACUGAGGAAAGAUUAAUGGCAUUCAUUUCCCCCUACAUUUUUUCAAAGUAGCAGAGAAUUGGAACCACAUGUAGUAUUUGGCAUUUCUCUUGGCCCGAUUUUACAGUACUAUAGACAUUGAUACACAGCAGGUGUGACAGUGGUACAAUAUCUACAGACUGAAUACUAAAAGUCUGGAACUUUGUAGGACAUUCCUGGAGUUCUGUCUGCCUGAAACCCUAGGAGCCUAAUAACAUAGACGGAGGUUUAAUUUUGAUAAAUUACCCAUACGGACUCUUGGAUAAACAAUUCAUCAGCAUGUCUCGUAUCAAAUCUGUUUCAUGCGACGUGUUGGAAAUAUGACACUUGUCAACACGCAAGCCCAGCAAUAAUAACACGGCAAAAUGAAACAAGGCAUGUAGUGAAUCUGAAGUUAUGGAUAUGAUAUGGCCCUGUGUGACUGACUGGCAGAUUGUGCUAAUAUGAUGAAAAAAGCCAAUGUGUAGGAAAUGUCCCAGGCUGUGAAAUGCCUUUAGUUUCAUACCAAAGAAUAGGCCUUAAAUGUUUUGUUAUCCUAAAAGGUUGUCACUUUGAAUGAUUGCUGAAAGGAGUAGUAUGGGAACAUAGUGCUCAAGAAUAGCUGCUUUUGCCGCUAGCAACCAUCCCUCUCCCCUCAUCAGCUGUACCUAGCCUGAAGAACGUUUAAGAAUACAGACCCUGGAACCAAGCAUGUAUACUGUAUAGCAGUAUCCUCCAUUAACCCCAACAGCACACAUCUUUGUUGUAGCCACGGACAAAAACGGCCUAAUUCAACUCAUCGAUGGCUUGAUGGUUAGUUGACAUGUUGAAUCAGUUAUGCUUCUCCGGGGCUACAAUAAACAUGUGUACUGUUGGGGGUACUGGAGGACCGGAGUUGGGAAACUACUGUAUAGUGUCAGUUUUAGGUGAUCCUCUUGCCCUGUCCUUGCCCCAUACCCACAAAUCCACAGAGGCUGCCAGUCAUACCUAGAGGUCCUCAUCAAUCUACACCUGCAGCUGACACACAUUGCUGCUGGCUGCUGCUACUCCCAGCAUCCUGUGUCUGUCUGUCUGGGAUCUAGCGCCCAACACCUCUCUCCAAGUCCGACCCCCCUCUUCUAACCCCUUUCUCUCUCUCCUCACCAGUGGACCGCAUCGUGGGCCUGGACCAGGUGGCGGGCAUGGCGGAGACAACGUUCGGAGCCACCUACAAGACCAAGAAGGGCAUGUUCCGCACGGUGGGCCAGCUCUACAAGGAGUCCCUCACCAAGCUCAUGGCCACCUUGAGGAACACCAACCCCAAUUUCGUCCGCUGCAUAAUCCCUAACCACGAGAAGAGGGUGAGUAGUAUAUCCUGUCAUACUGUACAUGUCAGUCUAACCAUACCAGGCCUCCUGUUUGAUACUAUAGCCAACAGAAGGGGUGAGACUUGAAUUGAUCUCUUAAUUUGAGGGUUUUCUCUGAGUAUAGAUCGCUAGACCUUCUGUAGACAUGAGGUUAAUAGGUAAUGGUCUUUGCUUGCACCUGUACCAGAAUUUUGUAUUUAUUUCUAACGCUUCACUUCAUCUGUCUCCCCUGUUAGGCUGGUAAGCUGGAGCCCCACCUGGUUCUGGACCAGCUGAGGUGUAAUGGAGUUCUGGAGGGGAUCCGUAUCUGCAGACAGGGCUUCCCCAACCGCAUCGUCUUCCAGGAGUUCAGACAGAGGUAACCACGGAAACAGGACACAUAACUAUUGUUCUUGUGUUCUUUGUCUUCACUGUGAGCAGACUAGACUGCCUUCAAUUACAGUGGUCUCUGGGUAUAUGCCAGUGUGUUAACUCCUAAUACCUCCCUAUUUCCCAGGUACGAGAUCCUGACCCCUAAUGCCAUCCCCAAGGGCUUCAUGGACGGGAAACAGGCCUGUGAGAGGAUGGUAAGGGCUUCCGAUGUUAUCUAUUAACUAACACAAUGAGCAAAGUGUUCAAACUCAUGAACAGAUUAGUUGUGUCAAUGCACCACCCUGUUUUGAAUGAUACAAUUAAAAAAAUUAUCUGAUUUGCAUGCUGAUUUUCCCCAUUUCCUCAUAUUCUCCUGUGUAUUGGAACAGAUCCAAGCGUUGGAACUGGACCCCAACCUGUUCCGUAUCGGCCAGAGUAAGAUCUUCUUCAGGACCGGAGUCCUGGCCCACCUGGAGGAGGAGAGAGACCUGAAGAUCACCGAUAUCAUCAUCUACUUCCAGUCCGUCUGCCGCGGCUACCUGGCACGCAAGUGAGUCAUUAGGAUUAAUAAUUGAUUCAUAACUGAAUUAAUAUUUAUAUAGCCAGACUUUCCAGACUUCCAGACUUCAAAUCACUUUGCGUAGUAAAUACCAUGACUCAGCAGCCCAACUUUCUGUCCCCUAUCACUCAGUCAAGUAUGUUUCAAUUUCCCCCUCCUUACUGAGGCAUGUUCAUGCCCUUUGAUUUCAAUGCAACUCACAAAAAAUUGGGCAUAAGUACAGAUACAUUAUGAAGUUGCUAAAACUGUAUAAAGUAAAAAUGAUACUGUAUGUGUUAUGGUUUGGGAUACAGCUAUGGUCAAGUUAAGUAGCUUAAGUAAAGCUUUGUGAUAUCAUUCUCUUAAUUAUGGAUCUGUUCCUCUCGUCAGGGCGUUUGCUAAGAAGCAGCAGCAGCUGAGUGCUCUGAAGGUCCUCCAGAGGAACUGUGCUGCCUACCUCAAGCUGCGCCACUGGCAGUGGUGGAGACUCUUCACCAAGGUGAGUGGGGGUUUUACUGAUGGAGAGUGCUGUGAGAGCUCAUCUACACCCAGUGUUAACCGGAUUCAUAUGACCAUUUCUCUCAAUCCUGUUCUAUUCCUUUCUUCCUUUCCUCCCUUCCCUGACCUUGAUGUGACCCUCUUUUUAUUUUUGUCUUCCAGGUGAAGCCUCUGCUCCAGGUGACCAGGCAGGAGGAGGAGAUGCUGGCCAAAGACGAGGAGCUGGUCAAGGUGAAGGAGAGACAGAGCAAGGUGGAGGGAGAGCUGGUGGAGAUGGAGAGGAAACACCAACAGGUGAGUUACUAGUUCCUGCGCCUGUCCUCCUGCUAGAGGGAUGGAACCCCUUCCCAUGACUCCAUACAUAAAUCUAGCUAUUCUUCUGAAAUAUACACCGCAGAAGAUAAAACAACAUAUUAACUUUGAUGGUUGGGUUGGAUGGUUGAGUAGUGGGCUUGGGGAGAUUUGACCUUUGACAUUCUAAUAGGAUAAAGUAGCUUAGGUAAACUUUCCUCUCUAUCCUGUGUGUCCCCCACAGCUCCUAGAAGAGAAGAACAUCCUAGCAGAGCAGUUGCAGGCGGAGACAGAGCUGUUUGCCGAGGCGGAGGAGAUGAGGGCCCGCCUGGCCGCUAAGAAGCAGGAGCUGGAGGAGAUCCUCCAUGACCUGGAGUCCAGAGUGGAGGAGGAGGAGGAGAGGAACCAGAGCAUGCAGAACGAGAAGAAGAAGAUGCAGUCCCACAUCCAGGUCAGAGAGAGAGAGAGACAUAUAUGCACAUAUGGAUGCAGCAUGGACAUAUGCGCGCACACACACACCAUCAGUUGAUGAGUUAAUGUUGGUUUAGAUGGAAUUCAUUCUAACUAAAACUAUUGAUAACUUCAGCAUUGCAAUACAUAUCCUUGUGCUGAAGAUACUGAGUGUCUUUUGGUUGAAUGUAUGUAUGUCCAUUGUCUAUCCAUAGGAUCUAGAGGAGCAGUUAGAUGAGGAGGAGGCAGCCAGGCAGAAGCUGCAGCUGGAGAAGGUGACGGCAGAGGCCAAGAUCAAGAAGAUGGAGGAGGACAUUCUACUGCUGGAGGACCAGAACUCCAAGUUCCUCAAGGUCAGAGAAGAGGGCACACUUAAGCCUAAUCUACACCUUCUGCUUCCACACCGUCCGCUAGGUCCUCUCGAACGAAACCAGAAGACGCAAUAUCGAAUGUCCCCUCCCAACACUGAACGCGGAACCCUGUGCGGAUGGGAAUGGGCGUUUGAUUGAAGCGAAAGGCAUAAAUUAGGCAUUGGAAAUGUAUAGAGCCCUAAAGGGUACAGGGGAUAGUAGAGAUGUUUAAGAUGAUCUUAAUCUGAUACAAAUGAUUUAUUAGAGGAUGCCAUAAAGGGGAAGCUGAAGAACCACAUGCGGCUCUGGAGCCACACGUUGUAGACCCCUGUUGUAGAAAACUGUAGAGAGGUUUAACAUCUCUCCUCUCCUCUCUCCACCCAACAGGAGAAGAAGCUGCUGGACGACCGUGUGGCCGAGAUGACCUCCCAGUUGACGGAGGAGGAGGAGAAGGCCAAGAACCUGGGCAAGGUCAAGAACAAGCAGGAGAUGAUGAUGGUGGACCUGGAAGGUAAAGGCUUCACUGUGGCUCUUCCUCAAUUGGUCUCCUCGAUUCCUUGCUCUCUUUCUCUUCGCUGUCUUCUCAAACUGUGUUGGAGGAGAAGGUCCGAGGUCCUUCCCGUCAGGCAUUCUUCUCCAAUGCGUUUUGAGGAUGCAGGAAAGAUUAAUUGUAGAACUUACUGUAACUCCCUCAACAUGGCAGACAUUCAACUGCAUAAAAUAAGAUUAAGAUAAGACUACAGACUAGAUAAGAUUAAGACUUCCCUGGUAAUGUGAUUCUGCAUAUGCAUAGGAGUUCCAUUUCAGUUCGGACACCACAAUGACUUAAUGGCUUACCAAGCUGAAGAAUCUGGUUACUACUGCUUGAGUGGAAUGUUGGAGUGGAUACUUUUGAGUGCUGGGCCAACAUCUAUUUUCAUUGUGUGUGUGUGUGUGUGUGUGUGUGUCUCAUCAGAGCGCCUGAAGAAGGAGGAGAAGACUCGCCAGGAGCUGGAGAAGGCCAAGAGGAAGCUAGACGCUGAGACCACUGACCUCCAGGACCAGAUAGCUGAGCUGCAGGCCCAGAUAGAGGAGCUCAAGAUCCAGCUGGCCAAGAAGGAGGAGGAGCUACAGGCCGCUCUGGCCAGGUGAGAUACUCCCCUCCAGCCCCAAAAUGGAUUCUCAAUAACGUUCAUGGGUUGUGUUCAGUUUGCACGAUACAAGAUAAAAUGUUUUGAAAUGGUGAAAUGAAAUGAAAUGGAGGAUAUACUAUCUGAACGUUACCUGGAUCAAUAAGGGGAAUAGAUUAUGAAUAGAUAAGGUUUGCCCACCAUGCAAGCCUGUACCGCUGGGGUUGCCUGUUCCUAUGGCAACCUGCCCGGCCACUACUGUGGUCCAGUAAACCAUACCGGCUAAAUGUGCACCCACACAUAUACUCCCACUUCCAUCGCCUGUCCCCAUAGCAACAGACCACUCUACAGGGCAAGCAGUUGAGACCCAGCGGGCACACACACACACACACACACACACACACAUACAUUAAAAAAUACCACAGUUUACUAUAGAAUACUACAGUACUUACUAUAGAAUUCUGUAGUAUACUGUAGAAUACUAUACUACACACUGUAGUAUACCUCAAUCAUGUAUAGUACUUACUAUAUAAUGUUGUAGUAUAUUAUAGAAUACUAUAGUAAAUACUACAGUAUACUACAGGCCACAAAAACACUACAGUAAUUACUAUAGUAUAUACACAGAUUUGCAGGUGUUAUAGCAGGUGCAGCGAAAUGCUUAUGUUACUAGUUCCAACAGUGCAGUAGAUUGUAAAUACUACAGUAUACUACAGUAAAGUCUGCAAAAACACUACAGUGAAUACAAUAUUAUUUAACCAUAGUAUACUAUAGUAUUUUUUCAUGUGGGCACAUACCCUCAUGUUGGCUUUGAACUAAAUAUUUAAAAGCAGCCACACAGUCCAACUGCUUAGUUGUUCAGUGGCAUGGGUUCACUCUAAACUAAACCAAUGCCUUCCUUAGUGCAGUGUGUGCUGGUAUGCUGGCUAUCAUCCUCACUAGAGACACACUCACACUCCGAGGCAGAUUGAUAGAGAUUGAUGAUGUGCCCCAUCCAAGUCUCUCACUACAUUUUCCAACGGAAAGGAAAAGGAAUCUCAGCUUGGCCAUGACGGAUCGUCUCACACCUCAGAGGGAAUUGGUCACGGAAUCUGUUUGUACUUCACAGACGUUUAUUUUGAAUAGCUUCUGAACAGGGCUGCUGGAUUAAAAGAAAACAUUACCAGAUAUGGCUUGAAAAAGACCUGUCUCUUGGAAGAAGGAGAAAGAGUGUCAACUUGCAUCCAAUUAUUACCUCAAUCUAGCUUGAUUGUUAAUUUAACAUUCUUUGUAAUCCAAAGCCAAUUCAGACCUAAUUUAGUGGAAAAUAUUCAUGAGCAACACGUUUGGUGUCACAUUCAAUUAAGUCCCUUUUGAUUAGGGAAACUGAGACCACAUACUAAUGAGUUCCUCCUCUGGCUACAAGAGGUCAUUGGCAUGAAGGUGAAGUCCAAUCAUUUGGAUGUGGCGAAUUCAGGUGUAGACUGUAGGCCAAUGGGAAACAGUCAGUCCCUAAAUGACCUUCUGAAAUCAUCACUUGGUCAUAGGCUAGUUGAUUAAACCAUUACACUUAGGCUAAAGUAUUUCAGUUGGAAUUCUAUGAAUGUUUAUAAUUGUAGGGCUAUUGUAUUACCAAAGUCUGGACAGUUGCUAUUUGACUAUAAUGACUCAUUAGUAGCUAUUAUAUUGUUAUCCAUGGUUUCAUCAGUGUGUAAUACCUAAUUGGACAUGGAGUCAUUAUUUGGUCCUGGCAAAGGGACAGGCCUCUUCAGAAGCUGUAACACAGGAAUGUCUAAGGAAUGCAGGCAGGACUCAGGAGUCAAAUCAAGGUGUAUUGGUUACGUACACAGAUUUGCAGGUGUUAUAGCAGGUGCAGCGAAAUGCUUAUGUUACUAGCUCCAACAGUGCAGUAGAAUGUCUUACAAAAACAAUACAAAUACACAAAUAAUCAAAAAUCAAAUCAAGAAAUGACAGAACGAAUCCAAUUAACAAUCCAGAGUAGAUAUAUUAGAGUGAGCAUGUGUCAGAAUCCAGAAUAAUAGUAAUAGUUUAAUCUAGCCUGACUGCUAGCAAGAACACAUAUUCAAUCUCAUUAUGGCUUCGCUCUCAAUGGCAUUUCUACUGACAGAGAAAGGCACAGACGGACACAUUCAAGAAACUCACUUCUCAGACACACACACAAACACACACGGCAGGCUGACUAACACACACUGGUCCUCCAUGAGCUCACCCGCUGUAAGGUCGAUCACACUGCCACCCUGUGUUCACUGGGGUUUUGUUACCAGACUGCAGUCUCACUUGCUAGGGCCUGUAUGAUUUUGAAAUGAUCAGACAUUUUGGGGGAUUUAGAGAAUGUGUAGUGAUUUUAUGUACCAGUUUUGUGUUUCCAUGGUUUUACCCAAAAUGAUCCUAACAUUUGGAUAUCUCUGGUACUGUCAAAGUACUGCUCAGAUGAACGCCCCACAGUUAACAUGAUUUCUCACCUCUUCAUUCAAAUGGAAUGUAUCCUGGCAUUAGCUAACUAGUCUAAUGAUUUCCAUGUUGAUUUUGCUAAUGGUUUGUUGUGUGUGUGUGUGUACCAGGGGUGAUGACGAGGCGGCCCAGAAGAACAACGCCCUGAAAGCUGUGCGGGAGCUGCAGGCCCAGCUGUCAGAGCUGCAGGAGGACCUGGAGUCAGAGAAGGUGUCCAGGAACAAGGCCGAGAAACUCAAGAGGGACCUCAGUGAGGAGCUGGAGGCUCUGAAGACUGAGCUGGAGGACACUCUGGAUACCACCGCCGCCCAGCAGGAGCUCAGGUACUUGAACACUGCUUGUCAAGCCUCAGAUGUACUGCUCUCUGCUGCGGUGAUACGUUUAUAUGUUUACUGUAGUCCCAAUAUGUUUAUUCAGUGCUUUUAGAAAUUGAUAAAGAACCAUUGUAGGGUCGCACUGAAAAAGUGGCACUGUCAUAGUUUAGCAAAGUACCUGCGUGUGUAUCUGUAUGGGGGCUAUGGAGAGACACAGCCCCUCAGUGAGGUGUCUUUUAUGGGUCUACCUUCCUAACCCCCCUCUCCUCUCCUUCUCUCCUCUCAGGACCAAGCGAGAGCAGGAGGUGGCUGAGCUGAAGAAGGCCAUCGACGAGGAGACCAAGAACCACGAGUCUCAGGUCCAGGAGAUGAGACAGAGACACUCCACCGCCCUGGAAGAGCUGUCUGAGAAUUUGGAGCAAGCCAAGAGGGUGGGUCUAUAAUCAGAGACAAUACACCUGUCAAUCAUCUAAUAACAUAUCUCAUUACAUGUUUAGCAGGCCAAGAGGCUAGGUCCACCAUCAGACAUGACACCUACCAACCAUAACGUCAUUAUACAGUAGUAACACUACAUACAUGUUUAGCAGGUCAAGAGGGUGGAUCUCCUCCAAUGAUGUAUAUAAACCCUGGAUUGUUGACACUAUGAAUUGGCCAUUGAGAGGCUUUGAAGCCAGCGGUCAGCCAUAUUGACAAUCCCCAGUAGGAGCAGUCCUCCAUAGGAAUUAAUGGAAUUCUACAGUAUUUAAAUUAAAUGUUUCAAGGACAGAAUUACAUGUAUUUAAGUAUGUAUGUGUUGUCAUGGGGACAGUAACAUUAGUAAUCUCUAAAAAGUAUACUACGUGUUUUUAUAUUUAAUUUACAUUUUUUAUGUUUAGCUCAUAAUAUAAUGUAAAGGUAUGCAUUAAGGUGUCUGUAAUAGAAUAAACGUGGCAAACACGAAUGUAGACAUUAAUAAAUGCAUUUCUAUAGCUUCCAAAAUAUUAUUUUUUACAACGGUGGGGGAGUGCCAAGAUGGCGGGAAGGUGGCUUCAACACAGCGCCCUCUAUCAGUCAUCUAGUGUAUAUAUAAAUCAUUGGUCGCCACCUGAGAAAAUACACCUGUCAACAUAACGUCAUCUCAUACAGUAGUAACACUACACUAUCACUACUUUGCUAAGCAGGCCAAGAGGGUGGGCCUACCCAACAUCCAUCUCCCCAACAUACCCUGUAAAAUUCUCUUGUCUCCCCAAUGUAUAACACAACCCCUCUCUCCCCUCUUUCCGCUGCAGUUCAAGUCCAACCUGGAGAAGAACAAGUGUACCCUGGAGAGUGACAACAAGGAGCUGGUGAGCGAGGUGAAGGGGCUACAGCAGGCCAAGACAGAGUCAGAACACAAGAGGAAGAAGAUGGAGGCUCAGCUGCAGGAGUUCAUGGCCCGAGCCACCGAGGGAGAGAGGGCUAAAGUAGAGCUGGCCGACCGCACACACAAACUACAGGUUAGAGGGCAAGUCAAUGGACCACACUGUCUGUCUGUCGUCAUCACACCCCUCAUAGGGGGGAGACCACUGGGACUAUGUGAUGAAGUCAGUUGGUUUCUCAAAAUGGGAGUGAAUAUGUUUUCAUUUGAAUAUGAAGAGAUAUUAAUAGACCUUUGUCUGUAGACGGAGCUGGACACUGUCUCCGCCCUGCUGGAGGACGCUGAGAAAAAGGGAAUCAAGCUGGCCAAGGAUUCAGCCAGCCUGGAGAGUACUCUACAGGACACACAGGUGAGACACCAUAUACGUCACCAAGCCAUUACAUGCUCUAAUAGUUUAAAUCGAAGUUGGAGAUAUUGUAAUAUGCUAUGGAAGCAAAUGUCCUUUGAUGACACUUCAUUAUUGGAGACACUUGUAGCUAAUGGCAAUCUGUAAAAACAACUUAAUUUCCAGAGUCUUAUUGUGUGUGUGUGUGUGUGUGUGUGUGUGUGUGUGUGUGUGUGUGUGUGUGUGUGUGUGUGUGUGUGUGUGUGUAGGAGCUGCUCCAGGAGGAGACUCGUCAGAAGCUGAACCUGAGCGGUCGUAUCCGUCAACUGGAGGAGGACAAGAGCACCCUGCAGGAGCAGCAGGAGGAGGACGAGGAGGCCCGCAGGAACCUGGAGAAACAACUGGCCACGCUGCAGGCACAGGUAUGGACCCCACUGGCAUUCUUAUUGUUUCACUGCCAAUAGAAGGACAGGAUUUCCGUCUGUGUACACACACCAUUGAUAUUCAUUACAGGUUGUGGUAGCUAGAUUCCUUACUCACAAAAUAGGUAUUGGAUAUAAGUUGAAUACAGUGUCGGGGAGAAGUAAACUACAUGUAGUUCAACUAGUAAUUUAAGUACAUUUUGCAGUAGCUUGGUGGUAGUUGAACUAAAUUCAAAUCUAGGUAGUGUUGUCAGUAGUUAAUUACUUUUUGCCAUAUAGUGGUGUAGCUAAGUACUGGAACUACACAGUACUUAUUUUGCAAAAAUAAAAUAUGGGUGAAGUAGGCCAUAAUUUAUUAUAUUUUUCGGCAUUAGACCUGCCUAAUUUUCUCUUGGAACGUCGUUUUUGUUUAAUAGGCUAAAUAACACAUUCUGUUAACAUAUGACCCCAAAGUGAUCUAUUCUUGCAAUUUGUAGUCUAUGACAUUUCAGAUUUAGAUAUACUUUUUCACAAAGUAGUUUGGAUGUAGUCAACUACCUUUUUAAAGUAGGGUAGUUUUGGUGUAGCUUAACUUCUUUCAGUGUGAAGUAAUUGGUAGCUUGGUAAAAUAUAUUUUCAUAGUAGCUUCCCUAACACUGGUUGAAUAUAAUAUCAGUAAUGUGGUUUUUUUUAAAAGACCACUGUCAUUUUCUGUAUAUCAAAUGCUCACUCAUAAAGCUGUGAACAUUAUUUCCUCAUGUAAGAACUUCUCUACCUAGCUGUUUGAGUCUAGGAAGAAGCUGGAUGAGGACGUGGGGACCCUGGAGUCUCUGGAGGAGGUGAAGAGGAAGCUGCAGAAGGACAUGGAGCUGACUAGCCAGAGGCUAGAGGAGAAGGCCUCCGCCUUCGACAAGAUGGAGAAGACCAAGACCCGCCUGCAGCAGGAGCUGGAUGACCUCAUGGUGGACCUGGACCACCAGAGGACCAUCGUCUCCAACCUGGAGAAGAAGCAGAAGAAGUUCGACCAGGUAUCGUAUCAUCUCCAUUUGUCUCACCUUUCCUCUAUCUCUCUUCCUUUUCUCCCUCCUCUCAUCUUUGCUUAUCUCCUUCUCCCCUCUCUGCAAAAUAAAAGUUGACCUGCCAUUAAUGAAGUAAUGGCUGAGUUUUUGUGAUUUCUUGAUUUAAAUGAUUGCCUUCGUUAACGUAACUUACCGGUAAGGCUUUACUUGCUAUCCUUCUUCAUCACAAUCUUCUCCCUCUAUGUUAGCUCCUGGCUGAGGAGAAGACCAUCUCUGCCCGCUAUGCUGAGGAGCGUGACAAGGCCGAGGCUGAGGCCAGGGAGAAGGAGACCAAGGCUCUGUCUAUGGCCCGGGCUCUGGACGAGGCCCUGGAGGCCAAGGAGGAGUUUGAGAGGCUCAACAAGCAGCUGAGGACUGAGAUGGAGGAUUUGAUGAGCUCCAAGGACGACGUGGGCAAGAGCGUACGUAGUUUAAACCCCCGUACAGGAGCUGAAGCUUCUCAAAUACCUUAUACAACCCAGUCCUAAACCUAGACUUGGCUCAUCCAAUGAGAAUUGAUAGAACCAAAAUGUACAGGUUUUGGUAGGUUUCUUCCAAUAUGGCCACCAAUCCACCCACCACAGAAUGAGUGAGAAUGCGGUGUUACUGGAGCUGAUGGUGGUUCCCAAACUUUGUUGGAGACCUUACACACAUAAAGCUUUCUGAAAGAACGCUGUCUACCCACCUCAGAAUGUUGCUUUGAGUGAGAAUUUGUUUGACUAAUCCUAUGGGAUAGCUUCCUUAUGACAGUUUAGACUCAGAAAGAGAUGUUGUUGCUAACCAGUCUCUCUACGUCCCCCUGUGUGUAGGUCCAUGAGCUGGAGAAGUCGAAGCGCACCCUGGAGCAGCAGGUGGAGGAGAUGAGGACCCAGCUGGAGGAGCUGGAGGACGAGCUGCAGGCCACGGAGGACGGCAAGCUGCGUCUGGAGGUCAACAUGCAGGCCAUGAAGGCCCAGUUUGACAGGGACCUGCAGGCCAGAGACGAACAGAACGAGGAGAAGAAGAGGACGCUGGUCAAACAGGUACAGAGGCAAGCAGAGAGGACCCUUUUUGGGGAGUAACAUGCACACCUCCAAUAGAAACUCAGGUGUUUGAUUUAGCUAGGCCAACAGCUCGGAGAAAAUAAUCACCACCUUAUUAUAUGGCCCUUCAGGACUAAAACUUUAACUUAUGGACUCAUUGUGGACUCCCCAUCUAUCUUCACCCUAACUGUUAUUGUAUCCGAGCAAGAUAGAACCCAAACUUCACUAGGUUUCAUCACUUACUUGGUGUUUUCAACCCUCUCUGCAAUAUCUUGUUGUCUGACCCCUUCCCCAGGUUCGUGAGAUGGAGGCAGAGCUGGAGGAUGAGAGGAAGCAGAGAGCCCUGGCUGUGGCGGCUAAGAAGAAGCUGGAGAUGGACCUCAAGGACCUGGAGGGGCAGAUAGAAGCAUCCAACAAGGCCAGAGAUGAAGCCAUCAAACAGCUCAGAAAACUACAGGUGAGACUUCAUACAGGAUUUGGGUUUGCAUGUCCAUCCUCAAAUUGUGUUGUUGAGCUAUUAAUAGAUUAUAAAUAGUGUUGCAAAAUUCUGGUAACUUUCCCAGAAUUCCAAGAAUCUUCCAACCAGGAAUUCUGGGAAGUUUGGGAAAGUUACCAGAAUUUUGCGACCCGAAAAUGUUAAUAUUUUUUGCCUGAUUAAUUAGGAACUCCUGGUUGUCUGAUCUCUGAUAAUCAGCAAUAUUAUUUAUUACACCUGUAUCCUUUUAUCAAUAAAAUGGACCGGUAGCCUCUACAGGUAUGGUAUCUGUGCCUGUCUGUCCACCAACUACAUACCUGUCCUGUGUAGUCAGCUUUAAUGUAGCCUAGAUUAGAAUUAUGUUGUGGAAAAUAACCACUAUACUUUAUUACAAAUAAGGUCUUACAGAGUUUUUGUUGCAUCAAGAAAAUGACUUUAUUAAAGUUUCAACAAAAGCCGAUACCCGUCUGCAGAGUGGCACACCCCCUUACGGUCUCCCUCCAUCUUAUAUAGUCCUCUUCCUUUUUCCCGCUCUUUUAUUGCUCCGCCCACUUCCUUUGUCUCUGAGAGCGGCUAAACUCAACUUUCAUUAAGUUCAGAGUACUACAAUCAAUCAAUCAUUAUCUUGCAAAAACACUCAUGUUUAGUUUAAACUCUGUUCAACCCUGGCUCUUUUCACUGUGUUUGAAGACAAAAACAAACGUCCCAAGCCCGUUUCAGUCUUUGAUAUGAUAAGACAACCAUGGAUCUAAGUAAGAGCAAGCAAUCUGACCCUAGGGCAGAUUCCCUCUCUACUCACCCACACAGUGAAAUUAAAUGACCCAAUACAAUUCCUGGCCCAGUAACAAAGAAUUCUAACUUUAUGCUCUUGAUUAACCCAGUUCUACCUCAUAGUCCAUUAAACUAUACAGUUCAUUAAUAAUAAUUCACCACAAUAUGCCCAGCACUACCAACGUCUGUAUUCAGAUUACAUCCCUGAUGCUGUAAACUCUAGUUGUCCCAGUUGGUCUGGUCUCAUUUGUAGCUUCCCGCUGGCCUUACACUAUUAUAUUCAGUAUAGCUGCGGGGUUGGGGUCGAUUCCAUUUCAAUUCAAUUCGGGAAGAAAAACUGAAUUUCAAAAAAUGUCUGAUAGGCUGCGUUUACACAGGCAGCCCAAUGAUGGGCAACAGAUUGAUCUGAUUGGUCAAAAGACCAAUUAGUGGCGAAAAAUAUCCGAAUUGGGCUGCCUGUGUAAAUGCUGCCAUAGAGGAGCAUUGAGGAAAUGGAGUUCAUCCCUAACCCUGUAUAGUUGCCUCAGACAGUUGGUCUUACUCUUUGUCUUGCUGCUGCCACCUGCAGGCCCAGAUGAAGGACUACCAGAGGGAGCUGGAGGAGGCCAGAGCAUCCCGUGACGAGAUCUUUGCCCAGUCUAAGGAGAACGAGAAGAAACUCAAGGGCCUGGAAGCUGAGAUCCUACAGCUGCAGGAGGACCUGGCGGCUUCAGAGAGGGCCCGUAGACACGCUGAGCAGGAGAGAGACGAGCUGGCCGACGAGAUCUCAAAUAGCACCUCUGGAAAGUGAGUAGCUACAUUUUCCUGAUUAAUGAUCAAAUUCAAGCAUGAUCUUUUACAGAUUUAAUGGUGCAAUAUGCAGAAAUCACUGGUUGCUCAAAUUUUAAUAGUUUGCCUAAUUUCAGUUUAUGUGACAAAACAAGCAAUGUAUAGUGUAGAGAAUCAUUGUACUAUCUACUAUCUAUCCAAAAUCUUGUAUUUUCAGCUGUUUGAAGCUGGUGUACAAAACUGAAAGUAAAAGACGCAAAAAACGAGGCUGAGAAUGGGAAGCAUAGAAAUAGCACACAUAGAACAGAUCUACCGCUUCUUAGACUUACUUUCAAUGAGAAUGACAGACCUAUAACUCACAUUUCUAUCUGAAUUUGGUCAGGUCGCCCAAAAAGUUAGAUAUUGCAGCUUUAUGCUGUGUUCUGUACCAACCACAUCACUGAAUCAUGCAUUUGUUUGUGUCAGGUCGGCCCUGCUGGAUGAGAAGAGGAGGCUGGAGGCCCGCAUCUCGCAGCUGGAGGAGGAACUAGAGGAGGAACAGAGCAACAUGGAGCUGCUCAACGACCGCUUCCGCAAGACCACCAUGCAGGUAGAGUACAACUCUCACAUUGUCAAACACAUACACACAGAUCAUGCAGGUACAAAACAGGUAAAACUCUCCUUAAACCGGCAUUGUCUCUUGACGUUUUGAGGAGGAGGUCGGACAAGAGGAAAGUACUUUUGAGAUUCACUCAUACACAGAGACGAUUCCUGGACCAUAGAAUGUACUCUCUCUGUUGGCUGGAGAGUACUCUCUCUGUGGCCUGGAGAGUACUCUCUCUGUGGCCUAGAGAGUACUCUCUCUGUGGCCUGGAGAGUACUCUCUCUGUGGCCUAGAGAGUACUCUCUCUGUGGCCUGGAGAGUAGUCUAUUAUAGACUCCAAUUACAAGUACCUCACCAGACUACUUUCUGGGACCCACAGCUAACGGUUUUAUAUAGAGAUGGACAAAGAGUCACCGUCUCUCCCUUCAUCCCCAUUUCUCUCCCAAGGUGGACACCCUGAACACGGAGCUGACUGGGGAGCGCAGCGCGGCCCAGAAGAGUGAGAACGCCCGUCAAGGGAUGGAGAGGCAGAACAAGGAGCUGAAGGCCAAGCUGGGAGAGCUGGAGGGGGCAGUCAAGUCCAAGUUCAAGGCUGCCAUCACCGCCCUGGACGCCAAGAUAAUGCAGCUUGAGGAGCAACUGGAGCAGGAGGCCAAGUGAGAAGCCUUCUAUACCUGAUAUACUGUACUAAAUAGACAUCAUAAUGGGGGUCAGAGUUUAAAGAUGGGAGGUCACCUAGAAUUAAAUGUAGGCUCGAAUAGGUGGUCUCUAGCUCAUACACUCAUUGUAAUGAUUUACCCCUACUCGAUAGACCGCUAGAGGUAGGAGUUUCCCCUAACCACAGAUCUAGAAUCAGAUUACAAACUACUCAAAAUCUGGACCUUUAAAGCCCCAGUGCAGUCAAAAACGUGAUUUUCCUAUGCUGUGUAUAUAUAUUUCCACACUGAGGUUGGAGUAAUACUGUGAAAUUGUGAAAAUGAUAGUAAUGCUCAUUUAGUAUAAAGACAGCCUGAAAUUUCAGCCUGUUUGGUGGGAUGGAGUUUUGGCCUGCCUGGUAACAUCACCAGAUGGUAAAUGAGUUAAUAGACCAAUAAGAAAGAGUUCCAAACUUCUCUGCCAAUAACAGCUAGUAUUCCCCUCCCCACUCAGACCACUCCCUGACAGUCCUAGCAAAUUUCUUGCUUGAGAAAUUGCUCUUUGCUAAGAAGUAAUUUUUGUUUCGUUUUUGACCAUUUUAAUUGAAAACAAUCACAGGAAGGUACUUUAUUGUUACCCAGAAAUAAUUUGAUAUUGAGAUAAAUACAACUGCAUUGGACCUUUAACAUUAGGGGGCUGAAAAUAUAUGAGGUUGCCAAGAGUGGAAUAUUUUACUGCAUCCUGAUGCAAAUGUAUGUUCCCAUCAGAUAUGAGUCAGUCAGGGUGACACUAUUUACACACUUUCCCGUUAUCACUUUUUCCUACAAGGGAGAGGGCAGCAGCCAAUAAGAUCGUCCGACGCACGGAGAAGAAGCUGAAAGAGGUGGUGAUUCAGGUGGAGGACGAGCGUCGCCAUGCCGACCAGUACAAGGAGCAGGUGAGUGGUCAUCUUGGGUCCACAGUGAACCGGGAACAAUCUGUUCUGACAUUUAGAAAGGGUGAGUAAAAGGCCAUGUUAGCAACGAAUUCACUAUAAUCGGAGUGUCUCUGUGUCAUCUGUGCUGAACCCCUCUCUCUCCUCUUCCCACCCAACGCUCUUCUGUAGCUUUGGUUCUCUCUCAAUUCUUCUCUGUCCCAAACUUUCGUCUCCUUUCUCCAUCCUUGUUUUUCCAGUUUCUAUCAACUUUUGCCCUUCGUCUCUCUCUCUCUCUCUCUCUCUCUCUCUCUCUCUCUCUCUCUCUCUCUCUCUCUCUCUCUCUCUCUCUCUCUCUCUCUCUCUCUCUCUCUCUCUCUCUCUCUCUCUCUCUCAAUUCAAUUUCAAUUUAAGGGCUUUAUUGGCAUGGGAAACGUGUGUUAACAUUGCCAAAGCAAGUGAAGUAGAUAGUAAACAAAAGUUAAAUAAACAAUAAAUAUUAACAGUAAACAUUACACUCAGAAGUUUCAAAAGAAUAAAGACAUUUCAAAUGUCAUAUUAUGUAUAUAUACAGUGUUGUAACAAUGUGCAAAUAGUUACAGUACAAAUGGGAAAAUAAAUAAACAUAAAUAUGGGUUGUAUUUACAAUGGUGUUUGUUCUUCACUGGUUGCCCUUUUCUUGUGGCAACAGGUCACAAAUCUUGCAGCUGUAAUGGCACACUGUGGUUUUUCACCCAGUAGAUAAGGGAGUUUAUCAAAAUUGGGUUUGUUUUCGAAUUAUUUGUGGAUCGCUGUAAUCUGAGGGAAAUAUGUGUCUCUAAUAUGGUCAUACAUUUGGCAGGAGGUUAGGAAGUGCAGCUCAGUUUCCACCUCAUUUUGUGGGCAGUGUGCACAUAGCCUGUCUUCUCUUGAGAGCCAGGUCUGCCUACGGCGGCCUUUCUCAAUAGCAAGGCUAUGCUCACUGAGUCUGUACAUAGUCAAAGCUUUCCUUAAGUUUGGGUCAGUCACAGUGGUCAGGUAUUCUGCCACUGUGUACUCUCUGUUUAGGGCCAAAUAGCAUUCUAGUUUGCUCUGUUUUUUUGUUUGUUCUUUCCUAUGUGUCAAGUAAUUCUCUUUUUGUUUUCUCAUGAUUUGGUUGGGUCUAGUUGUGUUGUUGUUGUUGUUGUCCUGGGGCUGUGUGGGGUCUGUUUGUGUUUGUGAACAGAGCCCCAGGACAAGCUUACUUAGGGGACUCUUCUCCAAGUUCAUCUCUCUGUAGGUGAUGGCUUUGUUAUGGAAGGUUUGGGAAUCGCUUCCUUUUAAGUGGUUAUAGAAUUUAGCGGCUCUUUUCUGGAUUUUUAUAAUUAGCGGGUAUUGGCCUAAUUCUGCUCUGCAUGCAUUAUUUGGUGUUUUACGUUGUACACGGAGGAUGUUUUUGCAGAAUUCUGCAUGCAGAGUCUCAAUUUGGUGUUUGUCCCAUUUUGUGAAUUCUUGGUUGGUGAGCGGACCCCAGACCUCAGAACCAUAAAGGGCAAUGGGUUCUAUAACUGAUUCAAGUAUUUUUAGCCAGAUCCUAAUUGGUAUGUCAAAUGUUAUGUUCCUUUUGAUGGCAUAGAAGGCCCUUCUUGCCUUGUCUCUCAGAUCGUUCACAGCUUUGUGGAAGUUACCUGUGGCGCUGAUGUUUAGGCCGAGGUAUGUAUAGUUUUUUGUGUGCGCUAGGGCAACGGUGUCUAGAUGGAAUUUGUAUUUGUGGUCCUGGCAACUGGACCUUUUUUGGAACACCAUUAUUUUUGUCUUACUGAGAUUUACUGUCAGGGCCCAGGUCUGACAGAAUCUGUGCAGAAGAUCUAGGUGCUGCUGUAGGCCCUCCUUGGUUGGUGACAGAAGCACCAGAUCAUCAGCAAACAGAAGACAUUUGACUUCAGAUUCUAGUAGGGUGAGGCCGGGUGCUGCAGACUGUUCUAGUGCCCUCGCCAAUUCGUUUAUAUAUAUAUUGAAGAGGGUGGGGCUUAAACUGCAUCCCUGUCUCACCCCACGGCCCUGUGGAAAGAAAUGUGUGUGUUUUUUGCCAAUUUUAACCGCACACUUGUUGUUUGUGUACAUGGAUUUUAUAAUGUUGUAUGUUUUUCCCCCAACCCCUCUUUCCAUCAAUUUGUAUAGCAGACCCUCAUGCCAAAUUAAGUCAAAAGCUUUUUUGAAAUCAACAAAGCAUGAGAAGACUUUGCCUUUGUUUUGGUUUGUUUGUUGUCAAUUAGGGUGUGCAGGGUGAAUACGUGGUCUGUCGUAUGGUAAUUUGGUAAAAAGCCAAUUUGACAUUUGCUCAGUACAUUGUUUUCACUGAGGAAAUGAACUAGUCUGCUGUUAAUGAUAAUGCAGAGGAUUUUCCCAAGGUUGCUGUUGACGCAUAUCCCACGGUAGUUAUUGGGGUCAAAUUUGUCUCCACUUUUGUGGAUUGGGGUGAUCAGUCCUUGGUUCCAAAUAUUGGGGAAGAUGCCAGAGCUAAGGAUGAUGUUAAAGAGUUUAAGUAUAGCUAAUUGAAAUUUGUGGUCUGUAUAUUUUAUCAUUUAAUUGAGGAUACCAUCAACACCACAGGACUUUUUGGGGUUGGAGGGUUUGUAUUUUGUCCUGUAGUUCAUUCAAUGUAAUUGGAGAAUCCAGUGGGUUCUGGUAGUCUUUUCUAGUUGAUUUUAAGUUUGGGAUUUGAUCAUGAUAUUUUUUUGCGGGGGAGGAAAGGGGAAAAAAAUUGGGGAGCCCCGGGGGGUUUUUUCCCCAUUCAUUUUUUUCCGUUUUGGGUUUGGUUAGCUUUCUCUUGGGGUUUGGUUUUGGGUUUUUAUUUUUUCCUUUUUCCGGAAAAUUUUUUGGGCCUUUUUUUUCUUUCAAUUUUUCCGGGGUUUUCCCGGUUUUUUUGUGCUAUUCCUUUUUCUUCCCCGUUUUUUUUUUUUUCCUUUUUGUUUUCUUAAUUUCCCCAUUUUUGGGGGUUUAAACUUUUUCUCGGUUUUUUGGGUUUUUCUUGUUUUUUGGUUUGGAAGGGUUUUUCCCCAAAUUUUCCUUUUUCCUUUUAGGGUUUUUUUGCAUUUUUCCUGCCCCUGUUUUUUUUUUUUUAUUUAUUUUUUUUGGUUUAUUUUUUAAGGAUUUUUUUGGUUUUGGGAAAUUGGGGGAGGGGGAAAAUGUUUGUGACUCUCUGUAGUUAUUGGGGAAUCCAGUGGGGGUAGUGGUUAAUAUUGAAGAUUGAGUUAAAUGUUUUGUUUAUUUUAUGGGCCAAAAGAGGAGAAGGUUUACCCAUAAAUGUCGUGGAAAUACUCUUGGGUGGUUGUUGUUUAGAUAGUUGUCUCCAAUUUUCCCAGAAGUGGUUAGAGUCUAUGGAUUCUUCAAUUACAUUGAGCUGAUUUCUGACAUGCUGUUCCUUCUUUUUCCGUAGUGUAUUUCUGUAUUGUUUUAGUGAUUCACCAUAGUGAAGGCGUAGGCUCAGGUUUUCUGGGUCUCUAUGUUUUUGGUUGGAUAGGUUUCUCAAUUUCUUUCUUAGGUUUUUGCAUUCUUCAUCAAACCAUUUAUCACUGUUAUUACUUUUCUUUGGUUUUCUGUUAGAGAUUUUUAGAUUUGAUAGGGAAGCUGAGAGGUCAAAUAUACUGUUUAGGUUUUCUACUGCCAAGUUUACACCUUCACUAUUACAGUGGAACAUUUUGUCCAGGAAGUUGUCUAGAAUGGAUUGAAUUUGUUGUUUCCUAAUUGUUUUUUGGUAGGUUUCAACACUACUUUCCUUCCAUCUAUAGCAUUUCUUAAUAUUAUUCAGUUCCUUUGGCUGUGAUGCCUCAUGAUUGAGUAUUGCUCUGUUCAAGAAGACUGUGAUUUUGCUGUGGUCUGAUAGGGGUGUCAGUGGGCUGACUGAACGCUCUGAGAGACUCUGGGUUGAGGUCAGUGAUAAAGUAGUCUACAGUACUACUGCCAAGAGAUGAGCUAUAGGUGUACCUACCAUAGGAGUCCCCUCGAAGCCUACCAUUGACUAUGUACAUACCCAGUGUGCGACAGAGCUGCAGGAGUCGUGACCCGUUUUUGUUGGUUAUGUUGUCGUAGUUGUGCCUAGGGGGGCAUAUGGGGGAGGGAAUGCUGUCACCUCCAGGUAGGUGUUUGUCCCCCUGUGUGCUGAGGGUGUCAGGUUCUUGUCCAGUUCUGGCAUUUAGGUCGCCACAGACUAGUACAUGUCCCUGGGUCUGGAAAUGAUUGAUUUGCCCCUCCAGGAUGGAGAAACUGUCUUCAUUAAAGUAUGGGGAUUCUAGUGGGGGGAUAUAGGUAGCACACAGGAGGAAAUUUUUCUCAGUUGAGAUAAUUUCCUUUUGAAUUUCUAACCAAAUGUAAAAUGUUCCUGUUUUGAUUAAUUUAAUAGAGUGAGUUAGGUCUGCUCUAUACCAAAUUAGCAUACCCCCUGAGUCCCUUCCCUGUUUCACACCUGGUAGUUUGGUGGAUGGGACUACCAGCUCUCUGUAACCUAGAGGGCAACCAGUGGGUCCGUCUCCUCUAUACCAUGUUUCUUGUAGGAUGACAAUGUCUGUAUUUCCGAUUUCUUUGGUGAAGUCCAGAUUCUCUCUCUCUCUCUCUCUCUCUCUCUCUCUCUCUCUCUCUCUAUCCCUCUCUUGCUAUCCCUCUCUUGCUAUCCCUCUCUUGCUAUCUCUCUCUCUCUCUCUCUCUCUCUCUCUCUCUCUCUCUCUCUCUCUCUCUCUCGCACUUGCAGUGUUUUCAUUUUGAAUUGGCCCAUGAAUUUGCUAUGUAAAUACGUUGAAUUGUGCCAAUAAAAUUCAAAUUCUCCCCGUCAGAUGGAGAAGGCCAACUCUCGUAUGAAGCAGCUGAAGCGUCAGCUGGAGGAGGCUGAGGAGGAGGCUACCAGGGCCAACGCCUCCCGUAGGAAACUACAGAGGGAGCUGGACGACGCCACCGAAGCCAGCGAGGGCCUGAACCGCGAGGUCAACACACUCAAGAACCGCCUGAGGUAUAGCCUCUCAUAACACGCUGUAUAUACACUUCACAUACUGUAGUUAUUUAUGCCUGUCGGCAUUCCCUCUGACAGUUUCUUUAAAACAAAGAAGAAGACAUUCAUUGUUAUCACUGCCCAUACAUGUUACAUUUACAUUUACAUUUUAGUCAUUUAGCAGACGCUCUUAUCCAGAGCGACUUACAGUUAGUGAAUAAAUUUUUAUGUUCAUCAACGUGCCUAUAGAUGCAACAGGACACACACACUGACAUAGAUCUGUGGGUGUGAUAAAUAACCAUGUAUGUAUUUGCCUGUCCUCCUCAGGCGUGGAGGCCCCAUCAGCUUCUCGUCUAGCCGUUCAGGCCGCAGCCGGCAGCUUCAGAUCGACGGAGCCUCCGUGGACAAUUCUGAUGAUGACGCCGACAGCCGCUCCAGCGACCACAACGACACGCAAGCCUCCAACCAGACUGAAUAG